AUGGCCAAGCUCCUGCUAAAGUUCCAGCGGUAUUUUCGGCGGAAACCCAUCCGCUUCUUCACCUUGAUUGCCCUCUACCUGACAGCUGGGAGUUUGGUGUUCCUCCAUGCUAGCUUCACCGGAGAGGUGAGAGUCACGGAGAAUGUACCCAGGGCCAAUGACGUCCCCGGGAAUGGGAUCGAAGCCCAGUCUUUGGUGACGCUACAACUUGGCCGGGAGUUUAAAGAGACACCGGAAUCGUUGACCGUGGCCCGGAGGUAUGGAUCGUGGUUUAAGAGCCCUUCUAAGGAUACAGCGGCGAGGAGCAAGAUAGGGGACUACGGCGGGACUUGGAGUAGAGCCCUCAAGGGCAGGAACAUGCGAGAGAAGGAAGAAGAUAGAGGUAACAUCUCCUUUGAGCGGUUAUAUGGGAGGCAAAUGAAAGCUUUUGGUUUGGAAUGGAACGUAAAGGUUUUGCAGGGUUUUCUGAAAUCCAGCCUCUUUUCCUUCCCUGUUUGUUUGUUUUGCAAACAUCUUUUCUCUACAGCUGACAUCCUUAUGAGGACUAUGUCAAAUAUUCCCCUGGUUUGAAUUUGGGGUCAAAAAUAAUGGUUGUCAAACGUUCAGAAUCUGAAAUUCAAUUCUGUCUCCUGCUUUUGCUUUUGUUCCAUUCUGAACUUUUGCUGCUGCUUCCUCCUUCUCCCUGGUUGGGUGAUCCCGACCAAUCAGGGAUCACAGUGCAGCCAGUUCCAGCCAAUCAGGGAGCCCAGCAAAUAAAUAUACCAAUGUUUUAAUGUUUCUUUCUUUAUUUUACUUUCAUAAGUAAGUAUGUUUCUUUAUUUUACUUUCCUAUUUUAUUUCAAUAUGUUUAUAAAUGACCCAUGUCGGUCCUUUCUGGCCUAAAAAUAGGGGGGGAGUGUGGAUAAUAAAAUAAGAAGAAAAAGAAUUAGAAUAAAAUUUUGAAAAGAAGAAGCAAGCAGUAACCUGGUUAUGAUUUCUGCUUGUUGUAGUUGACUGGGGGAGUGGCUGUUUACAAAACUGAAUUAGACUGCAGUCACAAGGCAGUUUAUUCUGCUUUCAUGACAUUUCGCUAACUAUGAGUUUCUGCAUUUCAUUUGUGCUUUCACGGGACAUAGAAACCUCUUCCAGAAAUAUAGCAGAAUAUAAAAAGGUAAAGGUAAAGGUACCCCUGCCCGUACGGGCCAGUCUUGACAGACUCUAGGGUUGUGCGCCCAUCUCACUCAAGGGGCCAGGGGCCAGCGCUGUCUGGAGACACUUCCGGGUCACGUGGCCAGUGUGACAAGCUGCAUCUGGCGAGCCAGCGCAGCACACGGAAACGCCUUUUACCUUCCCGCCAGUAAGCGGUUCCUAUUUAUCUACUUGCACUUUGAUGUGCUUUCGAACUGCUAGGUUGGCAGGCGCUGGGACCGAACAACGGGAGCGCACCCCGCCGCGGGGAUUCGAACCGCCGACCUUUUGAUCGGCAAGCCCUAGGUGCUGAGGCUUUUACCCACAGCGCCACCCGCGUCCCACACAUAGCAAAUAUGGUGCAAGUUUAAUGCUUAUUUCCAUAUAAUUUGCUCCCAGAAAGAAAGGUUUAUAAGCAAAAUGGAAAUGAGUGCUAAACUUGCUCUGUUCUCUCUGUAUUUCUGGAAGUGGCUUUUCCAUUGUAUGAAAGCUCAGAUAUAAUGCUGAAAUCAACAGUUAUGGAAAUGUCGUGAAAAUGGAAUAAGCGGUCAUGUAAAUGCAGCCUUAGUGAAUUGGAUGAUUUUCUGAUACUAUGAAAAGAAAUCAUAGUACGCUCCCCUCUACAAAGUCAGGACAUUGAUCUUUGUAGACCAGAACGGUCUGCUCAGUGAUGGAAUUCUCUUCCCUUGGUGUGGAUUUUAAAGCAGGUUUCAGUAAGCCACACGCUUUCAAAUUGCAUCUUCUUCAAUAAGAAUGCCCCUCCCCCAAUCUGUUUUGUUUUUUUUAAUCACUGUUAAAUGUGGCAGCCCUCGUCAGCUUUGAUUAUUUUUAUUUAUCAUUUUUUUUCACAAUGUUGGGAACCACCUUGGGUGGGCUAGUGCCCCAAAAGGUGGCCUAGAAACAAUUUCAUAAGAAAAUAGAAAUAACAAUAUUUGUUCUCCGAAAGCAUCCAUUAAAAUGCGCCGAUGAAUUCUUUUAAAAAACAAAUCAAUUGCAAAUGAAUGUGGACAUUAAGAGAACCAAACUUAAGACUGAAAAACACUUACAGCUCUGCUCACCUUUGCUCCUUGCUCCCCCAGAAUUUGCCACCUGAGGCAAGCGCCUCACUCUGCCUAAGGGCAGGGCCGGCCCCGAGUGUUGGGGGUGGCUGGAGGGCUUUGUUUUCCUCAAAUCUAUUCGAAAAGUCAGAUGUGGGGCUGAUUUGGCUCAGGUCAGGUGUUCUUCAAAGCCAAAAGCCCAGGCAUCAUCACAUCCCUUUCAUUUUGCUCCGCUGAUGGUGUCUUUUGACUGGUGACUUAUGGGGACUGUCUGGAGAGCACUUAGUGCCUUGAAGGCCUCAUUUACUCUACCUGACAGGUUGCUUAUAUUUUUGGAGAGGAGAGGAUGCCGCCGUAUCUCUGCUUCAUUCAUUACAAAGUAGAAGGGCAGCCCAGAGGCUCCUCUGUCAUUCCGAUGCCAUAGUCCCCAGAACCCUUGUUAAUAUGUCGUAAACAAAAUGUGGGGAACAGAGGGAAGUUUUUUCUCCCCAUCUCACAACCCCAGAACAUCCGAGGAACCUGAAUGUUGGACGAUACCAGACUAAUAAUAAUAAUAAUAAAUUUUAUUUACAUCCCGCCCUCCCCAGCUGAAGCCGGGUUCAGAGCGGCUAACAACAAUAAAAGUAACACAGCAUUCUAAAAUCAAUUCAUUCUAAAAUCAAUUCAAGAUCAAAUUAAUGGCAACCAUUGGGCUAGAGUUCAUUGCGAGAAGUGAGGCUACAGGGAACCAGACAGAGGGUCUUCUUGGUAGUGGCGCUCGCCCUGUGGAACGCCCUCCCAUCAGAUGUGAAGGAAAUAAGCAGCUACCUUAUCUUUAAAAGACAUCUGAAGGCAGCCCUGUUUAGGGAAGUUUUUAAUGUUUAAUGCUGUAUUGUUUUAACACUCGACUGGGAGCCACCCAGAGUGGCUGGAGAAACUCAGCCAGAUAAAUAAUAAAUUAUUAUUAUUAUACAGUGGUACCUCUGGAUGCAAACGGGAUCCGUUCUGGUGCCCCGUUUGCAUCCAGAGCAGAACGCAACCCGCGUUUGCCCAUGCGCGGGUCACAAUUUGCCGCUUCUGCACAUGUGCGAGCGACGAAACCCGGAAGUAACGCGUUCUGUUACUUCUGGGUCUCCAUGGAGCAUAACCUGAAAAUGCUCAACCUGAAGCAACUUCAACCUAAGGUAUGACUGUAUAUUAUUAUUCAGCCGGCUCGCCUUAUAUCCUGAUAUUCUUAUGUUCAUAUCAUGCCUUUCUGAAUAAUAUGCCAGAUAUCUGGAUUAGUGCAAAGCUGGGAUCCAGGGCAGGGAAGCCUUUUCAUCCUGAGGGAACAGUUCUUCAUGUGGCCAGAGGCAAUAGUUGAUGGAGCACAGGAUGCGAAACUUGCCAGGCAUGAGACACCCUCACAGCUCAGGGAUAAAGCAACUCAAGGAGGCCCUGGGAGAAGGCCAGCGAGGGCCGUGUCCUAUGGAAAGUUCAGAGGGUCAGUCAGAGAGACAGACCCAUUCCGCCCAGUUUAGACGGGCAUCAAAGCUUCACUUGGCCAUCUUUGAGUACCAGCGACGAAGGCAUCCGCCAAACGCCCAUCACAAAAACAGCACCACCUGUGAACAAGACCACAGAGUAAUAGAGUUGGAAGGGACCACAGUGGUCAUCUAGUUCAACCCCCUGCAAUGUGUGAGACUUGAACCCAUAAGAGCCAACUCUUAGGAGCCAUGGGGGCUUUGGCCCCCAUAGUAAAAUAUUAGGGGGGGGCGCAAAGUUGAUGAGCAUUCCCAUUCAAAUGGUGUGUGUGCGCACUGUGUCAUGUGAUGGAUCGUGCGGGGCGGGUUUUAUCCGAGCCCCCGCAAUAUUUUGUUCAGAUUGGCACACCCUGCUUGAACCCACAGCCCUGAGAUUAAGAGUCCCAUGCUCUACUGACUGAACUAUAAGUGUAUGUAUAUGUUUGUGGGGUUGCCACACUCAGGAGAAGGGCAAGGUUUGCAGAAGGUCAAACGUUCUUUUGGAAAGAAUCGGCAGCGGCGGCGGGAUGGGUGGUUGCUUGGUGGGUUGGGUUUAUCCAGAACAGCCCGCUGAAAGGUUAGCAGGCUCAGUGGGCACAGAAUGCUGUCAACAUGGGAAAGGGUGUGGGAUGGAGUCUCAGAGCCAGCCCACCUGUGAGGCACAGUGAGGCGGUUGCCUGGGGGUGGCACACUCCCAAGGGUGAUGGUGGGGCAUAGCAGGGGUGGGUGGGGAUAUGAAACAUCGCACCCUGGCCCAUCCCAUCCUACAAGAAGGUAUGGGUGGCUGCUGGGAGCUGUGGCGCUCGUGCUGCAGCAUUUUGUUGCAGUUCUGAUUUGCUGCAGCCAUCGAAGAGUCCACUCUCUGGCAAAAAAGCUUGUUACAUCCUGAUGUCAUCUUCUCAGGAAUUCUCCAGUUGCCUCUAGAUUUGCUUCCCUCGUUCGAAGUCACCAGGGCACCCCUUUCCAAUGCCAGCUCCCCUCCGAACCAAAACAGUGGCGCCAUUUCCCUCCCCCUCCUCGCGAGCUUUUGGCUCGGUUGCCACGCUCUGUGAACAAAGGAGAGGGGGCUGGACCCGUUUGGGGGAACAUAUUUGGCUGGGCUCAUUACUUUAAUUUGAAAUGACAAUCAGAGAAUUUCUACCAGAUGGUGAGUGAAGACUCAACUGUCAGUGGCGGCACAGUCGGCCAUCGCGUUCCCAGCCAUAUGCAAGGUGUCUGCAACAAUUAACCUCCGCUAGGACGGCUCCUAAUUCCUAAUGAGGGUGACAGCGAUUGGCCUUGGGAAAUAACGGCAUUACUCGACGUGGGUGAGCUGUGUCUGUCGCUGACACACGCCCCUCCGUUGACUCUCGUAAAAAGGUGGGCGAGGAGAUGCAAAUCGUUCCGCCAUUCAACGCAACAGCUUCCCCUUUCUAGAUGGCUGUGUUUGUUUGGAGUAGGGCUGCAUCGAAAGCCGGCUCCAGGCCUGCUCCUCUGCAAGAGUUUCCAAAGAGCCUGCCAAUGGGCGCCCCUCUGGCCACCAUCCUCUUCUCACAGUGGCCAAGAAGAUGCUCCAAAGAGAAACUAGUGAGCAGGACCUGAGCACAAGAGCAACGCUCCCUGGUUUCCAGGGGCGUAGCGUGGGUUGCAGGCACCCGGGGCAGAACAAAUGUUGCAACCUCCGGUAGACUGGCCAGCAGAGUCUCUGCUUGCAAACUAGCCCCAACCUGGGAGCGGAGAAACAUGAAACCAGGGGCGCCAGUGUGUUACCUCACCCUCCUGUCCUUGCAGCUAGGCGCUCUGGACAAUGCAUGCGGCUAUAAUAAUAAUAAUAAUAUUAAUAAUAAUAAUAAUUUACCCCGCCCAUCUGGCUGGGCUUCCCCAGCCACUCUGGGCGGCUUCCAAAAAAAUAUUAAAAUACUGCAAUACAUCAAACACUAAAAGCUUCCCUAAACAGGGCUGCCUUCAGAUGUCUUCUAAAAGUCUGGUAGUUGUUGUUCUCUUUGACAUCUGGUGGGAGGGCGUUCCACAGGGAGGGCGCCCUCUGCCUGGUUCCCCGUAACUUGGCUUCUUGCAGUGAGGGAACCGCCAGAAGGCCCUCGGUGCUGAACCUCAGUGUCCGGGUAGAACGAUGGAGGUGGAGACGCUCCUUCAGGUAUACUGGGCCAAGGCCGUUUAGGGCUUUAAAGGUCAGCACCAACACUUUGAAUUGUGCUUGGAAACGUACUGGGAGCCAAUGUAGGUCUUUCAAGACCGGUGUUAUAUUGUCUCGGCGGCCGCUCCCAGUCACCAGCCUGGCUGCCACGUUCUGGAUUACAGUGGUGUCCCGCAUGACGAAUGCCUCGCAAGACGGAAAACCCGCUAGACGAAAGGGUUUUCCGUUUUUGAGUUGCUUCGCAGGACGAAUUUCCCUAUGGGCUUGCUUCGCAAGACGAAAAUGUCUUGCGAGUCUUGAGAUUUUUUCCCCGCUUCCCCCCCCCUUUAUCUAAGCCGCUAAGCCUUUAAUAGCCUUUUAGCAGCUAAUCCGCUAAGCCGAUAAGCCUUUAAUAGCCGCUAAACCGCUAAUAGCGCUAAUCCGCUAAGCCGCUAAUAGGGUUGCUUUGCAAGACGAAAAAACCGCUAGACGAAGACACUCGCGGAACGGAUUAAUUUCGUCUUGCGAGGCACCACUGUAGUUGUAGUUUCCGGGUCACCUUCAAAGGUAGCCCCGCGUAGAGCGCAUUGCAGUAGUCCAAGAGGGAGAUAACCCAAACGCUUUCCCACCUUCCUCUCCCUCCCUCCCUCCUCCCUCUUGUCUAGCCUAGGAGUAGGGCAUGUAGAGGCUUCCCUUUGCCGGCCACGAGGAAAAGGAGUUACUGCAGCAACAAAGGCCCAGCCUGGGCACGGAUUGCCUGCAUGUGGCUCCAGCCUCAAUGAGGAAGCCUGUCAUGGGGGCGCCUUGUUGUACCUCCUCAGAAAUCUGUGGUUGGGGCCACGGGCCCCCCUGCCCCUCAUGCUAUGCCACUGAUAGUUUCCCACAACUGGUACAGACCUCCAAGUGUCCCUAUUUUCCAGGAACAGAAGUAGUCCCAGUUUCUGAUUUGAACCCCAAAUCUCCCACUUUUCCUUAGGAUGUCCCUAUUUCCACUGGAGAAAUGUUGGGACGGUACGGAGUUAUGCGGCGCCUGAGCCAAGUAGAUAAGUAGCUAUGCAACCUUUAGAAGACACCUGAAGUCAGCUCUGUAUAGGGAAGUUUUUAAAAAAGUUGUAUUAUGUUUUUAUAUAUAUUGGAAGCUUCCCAGAGUGACUGGGGCAACCCCAUCAGAUGGGUUGGGUACUAUUAUUAUUAUUAUUAUUGUAAAGAGACCCCUGACCGUUAAGUCCAGUCACGGACAACCCUGGGGUUGUGGUGCUUAUUUUGCUUUACAGGCCGAGGGACUGCAGACAGCUUCCGGGUCAUGUGCCCAGCAUGACAAAGCCACUUCUGGCGAACCAGAGCAGCGCACGGAAAUGCUGUUUACCUUCCCGCUGGAGUGGUACCUAUUUAUCUACUUGCACUUGACACGCUUUCAAACUGCUAGGUUGGCAGGAGCAGGGACCAAACAGCGGGAGCUCACCCUGUCGUGGGGAUUCGAAUCACCAGCCUUCUGAUUGGCAAGCCCUAGACUCAGUGGUUUAGACCACAGCGCCACCCGUGUCCCAUUAUUAUUUAAGACACUCCUAUUUUCACUGCAGAAAUGUUGGAGAGAAUGCUGGUGUUCAAAAGCAUUACAGCCUCUGACUGUAGAGGCAGAGCACCGCCAUUGCGGCUAGUAGCAUUUUGGCUCUCCGUACUUCCAUAUUAUCACCUCAGUGUUUUUCUUCAUGGACAUAUGUGUGUCAGUAACACAGAGCGACGAGGGAAUUGAACUGAAAGUGGUAGCAAACUGUGAAUGCUCCCAUUCCAGAAUUAAUUUCAGAAGCUCUCCUGCUUUAGGUCAAAAUUCGAGAGGAGGAGAGAAUAAGAGAAAGGCGGAAGGAAUGGAACGGGAUGGAAUCUCCCCCUUGUAGCCAUUUUGUGCAUCCUAGGGCUCUGGUUCAGCUCAGAGGCUAGGCCAAAGCCUUCCCGGGUGAGGUGUCUUUUAAGGAGAGAUUUUUGCAGAAGGGACUUGCCCGUUUUUAUUAAAAAACGGAAUGGCUAGAGAUUUCUUUCUUUUUCCUUUCGGGAGCACGGAUGCAGAAUGAACACCCAGCAUGUUUUCCUCACAGAGCCUGAUGGCUUGUAAAUCAAAGCAUCGUCAGUAUGCUGGAGAGCACUCUCAGCAGCCAUGCCUAGCCUGUGGCUUAACAGGGCUGUCAGCAUGAUUGAUGAUUCCCCAGACAGGGAGUGGAGGUUUUUGGGGAGAAAGAGGCUGGGAGAGUGGGAGAGACUGAGAGCUCGCACGCCACUUUGCGAUGGCCAUUGUUUAUGUGACACUCCGUGGCGAUGGAGAGAUGGAGUCCGAAGGGGCUGUGCUGGAUAGCAACGCCCCGUCAUCAGGGGCAAUGGAAGGUGGGCCCAAAUCCUUGCAUCUUUGGGCAUCAUCGUAGGGGAGGAAAAUCCCUUGCUGCCUCACGCUCAGUCCUGGAUCUUGGCUGAUUUGGGUGUUUCCUCUUCUUCUCUCAUUUAGGAACAUUACUGAUGAAGCUGGUGUGUUGGCGGAUUGAGCUGGCUGGCACUUGUAUGACACUGAGCAGCCAGCGCAGGGCAGGACCUCCCAGGCAGCAGGCUGGGGACAGUGUUUGGGGUGGGGGAGAUCCAGAAAGGAGAUAUCACACACCAUUGCUGCUCCUCUUUUGGUUGUGGAUAGGAGUUGCUGCCUCUCCAGUCACCCCUGAGGGAGAAUGUUUCCAGGGGUGUCUUACCCAUAGAGGCUAAUAGUAGUAGUAGUAGUAGUAGUAGUAGUAAUAAUAAUAAUAAAUUUUUAUUUAUACCCCACCCUUCCCGGUUCAAAAACCGGGCUCAGGGCGGCUAACAACAAAUUUAAAACACUUUAAAACACUUAAUUAUAAAAGCAGCAUAAAAUACAAUACAGUGGUGCCCCGCAAGACGAAUGCCUCGCAAGACGGAAAAACCGCUAGACGAAAGGGUUUUCCGUUUUGAAGUUGCUUCGCAGGACGAAUUCCCCUAUGGGCUUGCUUCGCAAGACGAAAAUGUCUUGCGAGUCUUGAGAUUUUUCGCUUUCCCCCUUUAUCUAAUCUGCUAAGCCUUUAAUAGCCUUUAAUAGCCUUUUAGCAGCUAAUCCCCUAAGCCUUUAAGCCUUUAAUAGCCGCUAAACAGCUGAUAGCGCUAAUAGCGCUAAUCCGUCAAUGGGCUUGCUUCGCAAGACGAAAAAACCGCUAGACGAAGACUCUUGCGGAACGGAUUAAUUUCGUCUUGCGAGGCACCACUGUAUAAAAGCAUGAAUAACAAUAAAAUUCAAAAUUCAAAAAUCAAAAAUCAAUUAGAUUAUCCCCAGGGCUGGCUGGCUGAAUUAGUCCUACUUGGGCCAGUGAGGAGGUCAGGGGAGAAUUAGCUGUGGGGUCUCAGAGCGGGUGAUCUUCAUAAAAGGGGAGGUGGAGGGAAGAGAAGGGAAAUAAAAGAUCAGGCUGGAUUCAAAUUAAAGGCCAGGCAGAAUAGCACUGUCUUACAGGCCUGACGGAAGGAGGUUAAAUCCUGGAGGGCCCUAGUCUCAUGGGACAGAGCAUUACACUAGGUCGGAGCCAUCACUGAAAAGGCCCUGGCCCUGGUGGAGGAUAGUAGUGCAGGGUGCCGGGGUGCCAAGUUCUGGAGGGCGCCAGGGAAGAGGUGGAGGCUGGAUGCGGCGCCUCCCGGCACCAGCUCACCGCCCUCGCCCGCCAUGCAGCGCCAUGCCCUGAGUCUCCGUCUGCCCUGACCACCGUGGCACAAAGCGACCAGCUGAUCCGCGAGGUGCCACGUCCAGCCUCCGCCUCUUCCCCGCCGGAGGAGCCGCCCUCCAGCUGCUGCCCGCCUCUUCCAGCCCCACCGGCAGAUCUAUCCUCCCUAAAAAAGCUCUGGGAAAUGGGGGGGGGGCAGGCGCCAGAGGAAGCUUUGCACCACGGCGUCGGAUAUGCUUAAGAUGGCCCUGAAUGUUCCUCUUCCAGUGCCUGCUUCUCUUCAGCCUCCCCUUUUCUCCCCUUUCUCAUGCCAUCUCAGGCAAUAGGGGCAGAGGUGGUGGGGUAUGCAGGCCCUAGCUGCUCCUUUCCCCGUGCCCCCCCUUGCCACUAGCCUUGGCCACUGGCAAAAUAUAUUGGGCUGCUCCAGAGCUUUGCUGCUUCUUCCCAGGAGACAGGGACCAAGAUCAGCUGGCCUUCGAUAUCACUUGAAAGCAGCCUUGAACACAGGAAGAGAUGACUGGAGAUAUGUGGUGCUCCUCUAGGGGUGGGGUGGGGAUUCAGCUCUGUUCACAUUUCAGUAAUGUGAGCUUACCCGAUUUGCUCUUGCUGAAAAGAUAACACGCAAAGCAAAAAUUUCAUUUCUCCUUUAAAAGCCACACCCCUCAAAGUUCAAACCUGUCCCUGUCUUCUGCCAUACGCUGCCCCAUCAUUGCUGCUUCAUCCUCAUCUUCUUGGAGGUCCAGAUAAAGGGCCUCAUCCUGGACAGUCGCUGGGCAGGGUCUUCUGAGAGCCACGCUCAAUUUGGGUCCUUUGCUGUGUGCUGGUGUGACGUGACUGGAGUCCAGCAAAGAGAUGGGAGGCAGAAGGAGGCGUCAAGACGUGGGCAAUAUUGUGCUAGCUUUCCUCACUGUUAUAUAUUUAGUACAGUAUUUAUUUAUAUGCCGCUCCGUUGUUUUAAAAAAUCUCAAAGUGGUUUAUGAGAAAGGGGGGGGGACCCCAAUAAAAUUAUUGCUAAUAAAGACGAAUAACAACGAUUUGAAACUUCUGAAAAGUUAAAAUAAUGGUAGGCUAAAUAAAGCUGAACAUAUGGGUGGACUUGUCCAAACAAAAGUGUUUUUAGCAGGCGCCAAAAAGGGUGAAGGCACCUGCCUGAUGUCUAAAGGCAUGGAGUUCCACAGUGUACAAAUGCUGUCACACUGAAAUAUUGAUUUCUUUCAGCUGCACAACAGGCAUUGUGUGGCACCUGGAACUGUGCCAGUUCUGCCAAUCGACACAGUCGAGUGGGCAUAUAUGGAGUUCACGCUGCUUGAAUUUCUGUCCCAUUUUCUAACAUUUCUUUCACACUGCAGGACCUGCUGUGUUGUGGAACUGUGGCUUGUUGAUCUGUUUACUGGCAUCUUGCGUGAAUUGUCAUUCACUCCCAGUAGGCACAACAACAAAUGUCACUGGGCUUUGCUGCUACUCGACUGCGCUUUCCACACAUGCCUGCUUCUGCCAUUCCCAUGAUUUCGCCCAUGAAAACAGCAGGAAAGGACCCAGUGUUGUUUGUUGUUAUUUAGUUGUUUAGUUGUGUCCGACUCCUCGUGACCCCAUGGACCAGAGCACGCCAGGCCCUCCUGUCUUCCACUGCCUCCCGCAGUUUGGUCAAACUCAUGCUGGUAGCUUCGAGAACACUGUCCCACCAUCUCAUCCUCUGUCAUCCCCUUCUCCUUGUGCUCUCCAUCUUUCCCAACAUCAGGGUCUUUUCCAGGGAGUCUUCUCUUCUCAUGAGGUGGCCAAAGUAUUGGAGCCUCAGCUUCAGGAUCUGUCCUUCCAGUGAGCACUCAGGGCUGAUUUCCUUCAGAAUGGAGAGGUUUGAUCUUCUUGCAGUUCAUGGGACUCUCAAGAGUCUCCUCCAGCACCAGAAUUCAAAAGCAUCGAUUCUUCGGUGAUCAGCCUUCUUUAUGGUCCAGCUCUCACUUCCAUACAUCACAACUGGAAAAACCAUAGCUUGAACUACACGGACCUUUGUUGGCAAGGUGAUGUCCCUGCUUUUUAAGAUGCUGUCUAGGUUUGUCAUUGCUUUUCUCCCAAGAAGCAGGCGUCUUUUAAUUUCAUGACUGCUGUCACCAUCUGCAGUGAUCAUGGAGCCACCGCUUUAUUCCAUUAUGUUUUUCGGGCUAAGAGGGCUGCAAACAUAGUUUCCUUUCCUGGAUCCCAAUAACAUGGAAAUGGACACUAAGCACUAAUUGUAUUCCAUUAGUUUUCCUGAAGUGAAUUUCGUUUCAUGUGAAUGGACAUCUUCUCCUUUCUUCUUCUUCUUUCGCGAUCCCUCGUAGUGGAAUAAGAUUGUCUUCCAUAAACACGGUUUUAAUAGUGAGUGCGUAAGUGAUUGUGGAGGCCAAUUUUGGAUCCACACAUCCUUCCACAGUGGGGACAUAGGUCUCCGGGCGGGAGUUGAUCACGGUGAGGGUUUGCCAAGCAUGCCUUCCUCUUAGCACGUUUCUCCUUUGCGUCCUGAGUUCAAGUGUCUUCAAAGCUCAUGACACCUUUGGUAAAGGCUGUUCUCCAACUGGAGCGCUCGCAGGCCAGUGUUUCCCAGUUGUCAGUGUUUAUACUACUUUUUUUUUUUAGAUUUGCCUUGAGACGGUCUUUAAAACUCUUUUGUUAACCACCAGCAUUACGCUUUUCAUUUUUAAGUUCGGAAUAGAGUAGUUGCUUAAUGAGGAAAUCAGGAUUACAUUUACAUGGCAGUGAAUUCCAUUUGCACAAUGUGUUAAUUUCCCACAUUAUAUCUGAACUUUCGCACAACGUAAAUGCUUCUUCUUGAAUAUAGCACAAGUUUAGCACUCGUUUCCAUAUUAUUUGCAAACAGAUUCCCCACCCUACCCCCCGGAAGGAAAUGACACAGAAAUGAGCAUGACACUGCACUAUAUUCCACAAGUGGCUUUUACAUUGUGUGAAAGCUCAAAUAUAAAGUAGAGCUUGACAGUCAGAGAAAAGUCAUGAAAAUGGAAUAAACUGCUGUGUGAUCAGAGCCGGAGAACAUAGCCCUCCAGAUGUUUUGGCCUACAACUCCCAUGAUCCCUAGCUAGCAGGACCAGUGGUCAGGGAUGAUGGGAACUGUAGUCUCAAAACAUCUGGAGGGCCGAGUUUGAGGCAGCCUGUUCUAAGUCAUUGUUGCAGUGCCCUCUCGGCUCAGCGAACCGACCGUGCUCCCCUAAACCCUCCUCUGCUUUGCAGGUCCCUUCCAGUUCUAUAUUUCUGCGAUUCCGAGGGUGGCUCAGCAGGUGAUAUUUUCACAGCUUCCUGCCUCUGGCAAUUUCUGUCCUAAUCAGUAAGACUUCAGGUUCCUUGUCAGGCCAUAUUAAUAGGCAUGGCUUUAACAGAUUACAGAACAGCUGACUGCCCACCUGGCACUUGGAGAGGAAUGUCCUCCCCUCCCCUUAAUAGGCGUAAGAAAUGGCAGUAGCUACGCUUCACUGAACAAACAGCCUGAGCGAUGCGCACUGCCGAAGUUUCUGCCCAACAGGCCCCCGCUGCAUUCUUUAUUGCAUCCAAGGGGGUGGCUGGGAGGGUUGGAGGAACUGAAGAUGGGAAAAUGAAGCUUUGCUUGAGCUGCUGUUUCAGGGACAAGAAAUUCCAGCCAUAGCUGCAAGCCUCCUCAUUGCCACCAACUGCGCUGGACUAUAGAGUGAGGCACCCCCAGGAAGAGCAGGCAGGCUGUCUUCUCUGCCAACCAGCCAGGAUCAUACUGACUCAAGUGGCAAAGCUGGCUUCUGCCUGGUUGUCUCGAUAGGAAACUUGAAACCCACCAGUUUCCACCCUGGUCCUACCUUUUCACUUUAGGCUACUUUACAGAUAGCACAGAAAAUGUGUUUUGUGUAUCUGGCCAGAGAUGAUGAUGAUGAUGAUGAUUGUUAAGUUGUGGGUGAACAUAUCAGACGACACAGCAAUUCUUCAAACAGCUCUUGUUUAUUCAGAGGCCAGAACAGAACUGAACUGAAGGGCUCAGUCAGCCUGCUUAUAUAGAGCUCCAGCACCACGUAACUGUAACAAUUUUCUAAAACUAUCCAAUCACUGAACGUCACUUUCGAUCCCUUAUUUGCAUAACUAUCUACAGUAUCCCCCUGGUGGCCCAGGGUGAGAACUUCAGUACAUAACAAUGAUGAUGAUGAUGAUGAUGAUGAUAAAUUUUAUUUAUACCCCGCCCUCCCUAGCCAAGGCCGGGCUCAGGGCAGCUAACAACCAAUAAUAAAAACAAGUUGAUUGAAAUACAAUUUAAAAAACAAGAUUAAAAUACAACAUUAAAACAUUAAAAUGCAGCCUCAUCACAGGAGGAGAAAGGAAAAAGAAAGAGGGGGAGGGAAUCAAAUUGAUUCCAAGCCAAAGGCCAGGUGGAACAACUCUCUCUUACAGGCCCUGCAGAAAGAAAUCAGAUCUGGCAGGGCCCUGGUCUCAUGAGGCAGAGCGUUCCAUCAGGCCAGAGCCAGUGCUGAAAAGACCCUGGCUCUGGUUGAGGCUAAUCUUACUUCCUUAGGGCCCAGGACCUCUAGGGUGUUGCUAUUUACGGACCUUAAGGCUUUUCAGACUCACCUGGAAGGUGGUGGACUCUCCUUCACUGGAGGUUUUUAAGCAGAGGUUGGACGGCCCUCUGUCAUGGAUGCUUCAGUUGAGAUUCCUGCAUUCCAGGGGGUUGGAAUACAGUGGUACUUCAGAAGUCGAACGGAAUCCGUUCCAGAAGUCCGUUCAACUUCCAAAACGUUUGGAAACCAAGUUUGCGGCUUCCGAUUGGCUGCAGGAAGCUCCUGCAGCCAAUCAGAAGCCAUGGAACGUGCGUCGGACGUUUGGGUUCCAAAGAACAUUUGCAAACUGGAACACUCACUUCUGGGUUUGCGUUGUUCAGGAGCCAAAAUGUUUGGCUCGCAAGGCGUUCAGCUUCCGAGGUACAACUGUAGAUUAUGUUUGGUGUCGCUUCCAACUCUACAAUUAUACGAAUCCGAUUCCAUGCUUUAAGCCUAUAGAUCAGAGUUGCUGUUUCGUUGUGAUUUCAUUGUGCUGCUAGUUCCAAAGAAUCCCGUGCCACUUCCUCCCUGCCAAAAGGCAGCGAGGCAUCGUAUCGUGACCGAUGUCUGCUUUUGGGCAAGUUGUACACAACAAUGGAUAAUUUCUUCCCUGAAAGUUGUUCAAGGCUCAUUUCUGAAAAAGGAAAUACAGAAAUCUGGGACACGGCAGCAUUGCUAAAUGCCUGAUCUCUCCCCAGGCGCUGGGGCGGCUGUGCUAAGGACCAUGCUCUCCUCACAAUCCCUUUAAGAGUAGCCUCCCCCGUGACUUUCUCAGUAGCAAAUGAGAGAGUUCCUAUUGAGGAAGGAGUGCUGCCUCUGCUCUCAGGCACCCAGUGUGUCGUGUGUCGCUAAGCGGAACGGAUGCAGCAACUCAGGUCAUCGUGGCUGAACGUUAAACUCUGUCUUUGAAUGCUCUGAGGGGGCUUAGCAAAAGUGGAAGAUCGAGGCGGCGGCAAAAAAUGGCUGCAAAAAGGGACUUAGUGCCUGUACGACACGCGUCAAACGGCUCUUGUCCAGUCCAUUACCAAGCCUCGGCUCCGCUUCCACAGCUAGAGGCAGCAGGGCUACUGAAUCCCAGUUACUGGAAACCCUGGGAGAGGAGAUGACUCUAAUAAUAAUAAUAAUAAUAAUAAUAAUAAUAAUAAUAAUAAUUUAUUUAUACCCCGCCCAUCUGGCUGAGUUUCCUUUUUUUAAAAAAAUAAAAAUAAUAUUUAUUGAAUUUUAAAGGGUUACAAAAAGAAAAAAUUAGAAAACAGCAUAUUUAAAGAAUACAAAACAUCACAUCACAAUAAUAAUAAAAAAGAAACAAGAAAAAAAAGAAAAAAAUACAAUAAAUCUUCCCAUAUCUUAUCUUUCAUUUGCUUAUUUCCUUGACCUCCUCACACCUCCCUUUUUUGUAUUCUAGUUCAAUUAGCUAUUUCAGCAAAUCCUUUCCAUCUUUUCCAGUUUUUGUCCUCUAUUUUAUCUUAAUAUAAUAUAGCUUUACUUUCCCUCCUUCACCAUUUAACAAUCUAUUUUUCCUUAAUCCUUUAUAGCAUUUCUGCUAAAACUGCAUUAUUUCAUUCCAACAUCCUUCUAACAUUCCUUAAUUUUACAAUGUUUCUGUAAAGAAGCUUUAAAUUUCUUCCAAUCUUCUUCCACCAACUCUUCUCCCUGGUCUCGGAUUCUGCCAGUCAUUUCCGCCAGUUCCCAUCUGGCUGAGUUUCCCCAGCCACUCUGGGCAGCUCCCAAUCAAGUGUUAAAAACAAUACAAUGUUAAAUAUUAAAAACUUCCCUGAACAGGGCUGCCUUCAGAUGUCUUUUAAAGAUAGGAUAGCUGCUUAUUUCCUUCACAUCUGAAGGGAGGGUGUUCCACAGGGUGGGUGCCACUACCGAGAAGGCCCUCUGUCUGGUUCCCUGUAACCUCACUUCUCGCAAUGAGGGAACCGCCAGAAGGCCCUCGGUGCUGGAUCUCAGUGUCCAGGCUGAACGAUGGGGGUGGAGAAGCUCCUUCAGGUAUACUGGGCCGAGGCCAUUUUGGGCUUUAAAAAUCAGCACCGUCACUUUGAAUUGUGCUCGGAAACGUACUGGGAGCCGAUGCUCUUGCUGGUUUUGCUUUGGGGCUCCUGGUUGGCCGCUGUGAGAACAGGAUUGGCCUGAUCCAGCAUGUUCUUCUGACGUGCAUGAGGAGGGACACUGCCCUGAUUUCCCCGAAUAAAAAAAUGUGAAGCAUAAAGAAUGAUUUUGGUUGUUUGUGGUGUCCCUCAACAAGGGCCUGUGACACCAGUAGUGGGAAAUUAAAUUGAAAUUAAGAACAGCUCCUUUUAACACCUGUCUCCCUUUCACAGCAAAAUACAUCGGCUGUUACGUCGACAACACCCACCGGAGAGCCCUGCGCGGAGUGUCCUUCUUUGACUACAAAAAAAUGACAUUGUUCCGUUGCCAAGACAACUGCGCCGAACGGUAGGGUGGCGCGAGAGAGCUGGGACUUCAUUAAUUCCAAGGCAUCAAAUGUAUUUCUCUCCUGUCAGCCCCGGAGGCUCAACUCUUUCCCCGUGGUUGUUUUUCUUCCUCCCUCACCGCCUCCCAAUAAUUUCGAAAGAUCGAUUUUUUUUUUCCCUCACUGGGGGGGAAAAAGGCAAGGCCUCAUUUGCAGUGGAAUGGCCUUCUCUCGACAAGACGGGGAGCCUAGAAACUCUGGCGAGAGGAACCUGCAGUAGCUGCGGGAAAAGAGUAGGGAACCAUUUGAAGUCAUGGCUUCUUCCCCCAGAGAAUUCUGGGAGCUGUGGUUUUUGUUGUGUUGUCGAGAGGCCCCUGUUCUUCUUGCAAACCUAUGAUUCCUGGGGCACUUAAGCAAGUCCGUCUCCCUCCCCAGGGAACUCUGGGAAUUGUAGCUCUGGGAGGGGAAGAGGGGUCUUCUAACAACUGAAGGAGCAAAGGUCGCAGGCAAGGCUCAGUUGGGAGAUCAGGAUCAAAAGAGGCCAUAUUUACACCAUGCCAUGAUGCUACUUUAAACAAUCACGACAUCCUCCAGAGAACCAUGGGAGCUGAGAGUUUUUAGCAGACCCCUGUUUCCCUCAGAGAGCUGUAAUUCCCGGAAUGGUUUAACAACCAAUUCCUCUCCACAGGGAACUCUUGAAAUUGUAGUUCUGGGAGGGAAACAGCGGUGUCUUAACAAAUAUCAGCAUCUUUAGCAAAUGACAGCUCCCAGGCUUCUCUGGGGGAAGCCAUGACUGGUAUUCACAGAAUCACAGAAUCAUAAAAUUGUAGAGUUGGAAGGGACCCCAAGGGUCAUCUAGUCCAACCCCAUGCAAUACAGGAAUCUUUUGCCCAACGUGGGGCUUGAACCCACAACCCUGAGAUUAAGAAUCUCGUGCUUUACCAACUGAGCUAUCCCAAGUCUAUAGUGCUUUAAAUGUAUGAUGGGAACGUGGUCUCUGUGGACCUUUCACAGCAGCUUGGGGUACCAAGAGAGAGUUUAGCCAGUGGCAGAAACAUGGUUAGGGUCCGCUUUCCCUAAAAUCUCAUUUUGCAGAAGCAAAGGCAAAAGAUUGAUUGGCAAAUUGCGAGGGAUGAGGGAAGCUGGAGUCCACCAGGAGUGGCAAAGGACUUCCUUCCCUGGUGUGGAGCAACGUGAGUGAGGAUGUAGCUAACUUCUCAGAUGUGGGAUUCUGGGUUAAAAGAAAACCACUCUGGAGCCUUCCCAUGCCUUGUUUUUCUGGACCAGGAUCUCGCCACAUCACUAGCACCUGCUAGGUCUCUUUUACUUAUCGCUUCAAUUGCAGAACACACAUCAUACUGGCUUCCCCAACCUGCCUAGCUUUUAAGUAAUGUGUUCGUGUCCCACUCUAUGAUCUAUAAGGCACGUGGAGAUUUUUUUCUCUUGAAAAGUGAUGCUUCCUCCUGCUCGCUUUGAGUAAAUCAUUCGGCGCCGAGUGCCAAGAAGCAACCCAAAUUGCUUCUUUGCACAGACGACAUCUGUGCAGCAAGAACUGCAACAGGAAAUUGGCCCAAUGGACAUUUGGCCCAAGACAAUUCCAUUUCAAAUAUGAAUUAAUUAUUGUGGAUUAUUUUUCUUUGCCUUCCUUCAGAGAUUUUAGGGCUAUCGUACAUGGUUUUCUUCUCCCCACCACACUCCCAUUUUUAUCCUCAAAACAACUCAGUGAGGUAGGCCAGGCUGAGGGAUGGUGGGUGGUCUUGGCUCAUCAUUUUGUAUUGUGCUAAACUGUUUCACAGUCAGGUCUUUGAGGGUCUCAAAGAGUGUCUUAGUUGGGCUCAGUAGGGGAAUUGAGAAUGACUUAGUUGUGAACGUCCACCCAUCAUUUUAUUUCUGUGCCACCUUUCCAAAGUUAAAAGCGUCUUACAACAUGUAGAAAGAAAUACAUAGCUACAAACAUAACAAAAAUAGUCAUAAACAAAACAUUUAAAAAGUACACAACCAAUUUGAACAAUUUCAACAUAAAUCGUAGGAUUCAAAAUAAAGAUACCAAAAAUUAACAGCAUCCCCCGAACCCCUAAACAAUACCCCAGCCCAAGAUUUUGAGAAAGGACCUGCAGAUGGGGGAGACAGAUUGAAACAGCCAUGUGAUGGGGGGAGAAGGUUUUUAACCCUCCCCCCUUGUUAUUUUCCCAGUAAACACAGUCCCCCCCCCCAGCUGCUAUUUGUGUCCAUGACAACGGGAGCUUUCCUUGCAAUGCAAAUAAGAUCUUCAGAGGACCAAUUUCCCACAGGACUGUAGUGAGGACACUGGAUGUAUAGGAUAUCUGGUAUCGGUCUGGUAUAUGUUGCUGGACCAUGGCACAGGUCAGUCUCCUCCUCACAACCUUAGCUGUUAUAAUGGGACUCUCAAGGAUGAUGGAGGACAGCAAGGGGUGGAGGUCAGUGCAAGGAACCAGAGCAGCAGGACCCAUCACUAGAGGGCCCCCUAUCUCCCCAUACACAGCAGGUUCUGAGGCCUAGGGAACAGCAGGAGGAGCACUCUAGGAAACUGAGGCAGGCAAUGGCCCACAGCCCAGCUCUCUAACUGGCCAGGUGUCUUCCUUCCUUUGGCUCCCAGUACAUUUCCGAGCACAAUUCAAAGUGUUGGUGCUGACCUUGAAAGCCCUAAAUGGCCUCGGUCCAGUAUACCUGAAGGAACGUCUCCACCCCCUUCAGCUCAGUCCGGACACUGAGGUCCAGCGAUGAGGGCCUUCUGGCGGUUCCCUCACUGUGAGAAGCCAAGUUACAGGGAACCAGGCAGAGGGCCUUCUCGGUAGUGGUGCCCACCCUGUGGAACGCCCUCCCACCAGAUGUCAAAGAGAAAAUCGAUUACCAGACUUUUAGAAAACAUCUGAAGGCAGCCCUCUUUAGGGAAGCUUUUAAUGUUUAACAGACUACUGUAUUUUAAUACUUUGUUGGAAGCCGCCCACAGUGGCUGGGGAAACCCAGCCAGAUGGGCGGGGUAUAAAUAAUAGAUUAUUAUUAUUAUUAUUAUUAUUAUUAUUAUUAUUUGUACUAGGGAUGGGGAAUAUGUCACUAAGGAUGGAAUUUUCUAAAUAUACUUGAUAUCGAGGACAGGCUUCAACCCACCCCGCCCCCAAAUCCCUGUCUUGCUGCUUAAUCUCAACAAGAGAGUCCCCAUCCGGUUUACUAAAAAUACAAACAAUUAUUGCGUAUUAUUUUCAUUAUUAUACAUAUAAUGCUCUAUGCCUAUUAGGAUCAAGGGUUCAGAUAGGGUCCUGAUUCAAUCUGGAUCAGUACGGACCUGGUUUAACCAGAUUCAGACCCCCAAAUCUGAAUCAAAAUUCGGCGAUCCCAAUCUUCAGUGGUCAGGACCACCUCGGAUUACAGGGGAAUCUUCCCGCUGUGUGCAAGAGAAAUUUUGAGGUUGUCCCACGAAACUUAAGAAGACGCAGCGCCGCAUUUGGAAGCGUACAAUAUUUUUGAAAAGGAAAAGAAAAAAGAGGGGAAAGUGAGAAAGAAAAAGAAGGACUAAGGGAUUUUGUGAGGCAAAGGCCUCCAGGGACCAUAGAAUGUGUUCCCCCAUAAAAAGCAACAUUGACACACAACUCCCGGUCAGGGCCGGCCCAGGGCAUUUUGCCACCUGAGGCAAAACUGAAAAUAACACCCUGCCCAAUCUCCUCCUCUACAAGUCCUGCACUGCCACAGCCAGCUCCUCCUCCUGCUGCUGCCCAAGGAGACUGGGGAUGGGCAGGGAAGGCCUGGUGCGCUGGCAGAGGAGAAAAAGGAGGAUGGAGAAGGGCAGGUGGUGGAGGAGGAGACAGUCCAGAAGUCCAAGAGGCAGUAAGUGCCAAGCUUCUCAGAGGCUGAAUCUGCUACCCCUCCCAGCUACCAGGAGCCUGCUGCCUGGGGCGAAGGCUUCACCAAGCCCCACAGGUGGUCCGGCCCUGCUCCCCGCGCAUAGAAAGCAGUUCCCAACUUCUGUGUGCAGGCAGCCUUUCCGUGGUGAGGCAGUUAUGGUGGAAGCAUCCCUCGCCUGAUUGCUAUCUGCACAGACGGCUUAGCCAUAUUCGAAGAACAGCUGAUAAAGCUAUUGGACGUGGCUGAGAUGGGAACGUUAACGUGUUUAAUUAGAGGGAAACCAUUAGUGACAUUUGUUAAGGAUUGGACAUUUCUUAUGGACUUUUUGCAUGUGAAAAGAGAAAAUGAACUUGUAAUAUCUCUAUUUGAAGAUUGGAAACAUACUAGCUUAUAGCAGAUAGAAUGGUUGGAUCUUAAGGAAUGAAUAUCAUAUGUAGCGGCAGCAAAGAGAGCCAGAAGUCCUUUUAUUUUUCUUCUUCUUCCUUGUUUUGUUUUUUUUCCAUUCUUUUCCUUUUUUCUCGCUUUCUCUUUCUUUAGCUUUCUCCUUUUCUUAUCUUUCCUUCCUUCUGACUUUGUUCUCUUUCAAGACUAAGCAGCUGUUUUAUCUCAGCAUAUUAUAAAAAGGAGGCAUCCUUUACCUGCAAAGUGGCCAAUUUCUAGGUAGGUUGCACAGCAUGAGAUUUCGGAAGGUGCUGUUCAGCACCAAGGAGAGCUGCACAAACGUUCAGCUUUCGGGUAGCCAAGUCCAGCCACUGAAUCUGAACACAGGCCGCCGCUACCACCACCAAAACCUCCAAACAAAAUGCUCUCUCUCCCUCUCCUUUUCAGGGGUUACCUCUUCGCAGGCCUAGAGUUUGGGGCCGAAUGCUAUUGUGGCCACAAGAUCCAAGCGGCGAACGUCAGUGAUUCAGAAUGCAACAUGGAGUGUAAGGGAGAAAAGAGCAACAUUUGUGGUGGGGUGAACCGACUCUCAAUCUACCGCCUGGAGUUGGCCCAAGAGUCUGCAAGGAGGUGUAAGUAUUGACUCAUUUGGGAUCGAGAACUAGGGCGGCCCAAGGGAGCAGAGCCUGGGGCUGAUGGCAUUGAGAUCAACGUGUCCUAAUAGCUCGAGGGAAGUAACUCUGAUGCUGUUGGCUAUUAGGGAUGUGCAGGUGGAGCUGUGGGACGCAGGUGGCGCUGCGGGUUACACCACAGAGCCUAGGACUUGCCGAUCAGAAGGUCGGCGGUUCGAAUCCCUGCGACGGGGUGAGCUCCCGUUGCUUGGUCCCUGCUCAUGCCAACCUAGCAGUUCGAAAGCACAUCAAAGUGCAAGUAGAUAAAUAGGUACCGCUCCGGCGGGAAGGUAAACGGCAUUUCCGUGCGCUGCUCUGGUUCUCCAGAAGCGGCUUAGUCAUGCUGGCCACAUGACCCAGAAGCUGUAUGCCGGCUCCCUCGGCCAAUAAAGUGAGAUGAGCGCCGCAACCCCAGAGUCGGCCACGACUGGACCUAAUGGUCAGGGGUACCUUUACCUUUACCUUUAGGCAUGUGUCUUGCAGAACACUAGACCAUGGGUCCCCAAACUAAGGCCCGCGGGCUGUAUAAGGCCUGAGGGACUUGUUUAUGCGGCCCGCGGCAACCCCCGCUGCUUGCUGCCACCACCCGCUCUCACUAGCGCUGCGCUUCGUGGCUGCCCACUUUCGGGUCAGAGGAGCACCGGAAAUAGCUUGUGCGUUAUUUGCGCAUGCGCAAGCGUCAUUUCCGGUGCACAUCCAGGUCUGAGGAGGCCCGUGCACAUGCGAACAAGCUAUUUCUGGUGCUCCUCCGACCCGGAAGUGCGCCAGAAAUAGCGUGUGCACAUGCGUAUGGGCAUGCGCUCCCCCACCCUCUGGCCUGCCACGCAGUCGGCACUGGAGACACCAGCCCAAGGCGCGGUAGGUUUGCUGACCCCUGCACUAGACCCUCCGCCCUGUACCCUCACUAUAGCUGCAGCUGCUACAUACUCUCUGGUAAUUUUACUAGGCUGUUAAAAAAAAAAGGUAAAGGACCCCAUGACGGUUAAGUCCAGUCAAGGCGACAAUGGGGUUGUGGCGCUCCUCUCACUUUCAGGCCAAGGGAGCCAAUGUUGUCCACAGACAGCUUUCCAGGUCAUGUGGCCAGCAAGACUAAACCGCUUCUGGCACAACAGAACACCGUGAUGGAAACUAGAGCGCACGGAAACACUGUUUACCUUCCUGCCGGAGUGGUACCUAUUUAUCUACUUGCACUUUGACGUGCUUUCAAACUGCUAGGUUGGCAGGAGCAGGGACCGAGCAACGGGAGCUCACCCCAUCGUGGGGAUUCAAACCGCCAACCUUCUGAUUGGCAAGCCCAAGAGGGUCAUUGUUUAAGACCACAGUGCCACCCGCAUCGCUUACCUUACCGUUACUAGGCUGUAGUUAAACUAUGGAACUUGCUCCCCCAGGAGUGCAUAGCGAUGGCUCUAUGUUCUGCCUCCAUGGUUGGAGACAGUUAAGCUUCUGAUUACCAGUUGCUGUAAAUCAUAGGCAAGAAGAAAACUCUUGUGCCUGGAUCCUGCUUGCUAGUUUCCUACAUGCACCAGGCUGGCCACUGUGGGAACAGGAUGCUGGACUUGAUGGGCCUGAUCCAGCUGGCUCUGUGUUCUUAUUUUCACAAGGAAAAGCAAUGACAAACCUAGACAGCAUCUUAAAAAGCAGAGACAUCACCUUGCCAACAAAGGUCCGUGUAGUUAAAGCUAUGGUUUUCCCAGUAGUGAUGUAUGGAAGUGAAAGCUGGACCAUAAAGAAGGCUGAUCGUCGAAGAAUUGAUGCUUUUGAAUUAUGGUGCUGGAGGAGACUCUUGAGAGUCCCAUGGACUGCAAGAAGAUCAAACCGUCUCCAUUCUGAAGGAAAUCAGCCCUGAGUGCUCACUGGAAGGACAGAUCCUGAAGCUGAGGCUCCAAUACUUUGGCCACCUCAUGAGAAGAGAAGACUCCUGGAAAAGCCCCUGAUGUUGGGAAAGAUGGAGGGCACAAGGAGAAGGGGACGAGAGAGGACGAGAUGGUUGGACAGUGUUCUCGAAGCUACCAGCAUGAGUUUGACCAAACUGCAGGAGGCAGUGGAAGACAGGAGUGCCUGGCAUACUCUGGUCCAUGGGGUCACGAAGAGUCGGACACGACUAAACGACUAAACAACAACAACAAGAAAGCUUGGGUUUCAAAACCAAAGCUGAGGUCCUUUGGAUGCUGCGCCAUGAUCUCAAAUCCUACACGUGAGGUGCAUUUGUGAACACUGGCGAUCUACAGCCUUGGAGAGUCUGGAUUGGAAAAUGUGAAGGUGUUUGUGGGAGGGAAGGAAUCCCUCCCAGAGCACUCUCAGCAGACCAAUUGAGUGCAAUGCAGGGAAAGGAAGGCCUAGGUGCUUGAGCUGCCUUAAUGAGUUUGAAAUGGGCUUUUGAUCUCUUCCCUGCUCUCAAAGGCUUUUCUGCAUCUCGCCUCUAAUUUUGCAUUCAUUGCGUUCCUCCCUGUCUUCUGUAGUUAAGAAGGUGGGCCGGGUGGCUCAUUAGCUGGUGCUUAAAUGUCAAAAGCAGAGAGGAGAAUCCAGGCAGGCAGGGGAAGGGAAGAGAUUAUGGGGGAACCUUGGUGGGCCGUGGGGCAGCGAGAUCAAGCUGGCAACCUGCAGGAGGAAGCACAAUUGCCCAUAGCAAGCCUGCGAAGGAAAAGGCUAUAAAGUGUUUUUGCAGUGCCUUUCCUACUUCCUGUGCGCCAGGGGAUGGACGCCUCUUCCAACACCAGAGAGAGAGAGAGAGAGAGAGAGAGAGAGAGAGCGCUAAUCAGAAAAUGAUGGGGGAAUGGCAUUUUCUGCAUUCCCCUUUGGUGGAAAGAGGAACCUGGCUCUCACCCUCAGUUUGCCUGGCAGUCUGGCACUCGCUUCACACAUGGAAUGUGAGGGCAGGCAAAGGCACUGGGUGCAUGGAGCACUCCGGCUGCAGCGACCCUCCAAUCCCAUUCUUGGAAGCACCGUCGAUCCUGCUAAUUGGGGUUUUUUAACUGGAGUAAACUACAGGCGCAUGCUAGAGAUGAGAAACUCCGAAAACUAACCCAGCUACAAGGAUUUAAAAGGUUUGGAUUGAGAGGGGAUUUCAUUCAGUGAAAGAGACGGUGCGGUUUUUCUCUACGUUUAUGAUAUGGCAACCCUCCCUGGAAUGCAAUCUACACGUACAAGUGAGAAAGGAAGAAAUUGGAAUGUAAAUUUGGAAUUUAACAAAACUGGAACUGCGUGCGUGAAAGAAAGGAACUGAGAGGGAGGGGGGGAACGCUAUGCUUUGAAAAUAUGCAGCAAAGUCCUCCCAAACCUCCGUUAUUCAUAAAGGAGUGUGUUUGAGAUAAGGACAAUUGGCCAUAAAUCAGUGGCAGGGAAGAAAGGAGUCUACCAGCUGUGGGAAUAGAAGCUUUCGGAUUAACUAUUUGCAGUCUGGAUUCAGACUGUUCUUCCUAGGCUGGAGAAAUGGCGAAGAUGGCUUGUUUACUGGAAGCCAAAUCACAGGAUGAAGUGAUGCAUUGACUUUUGGAAACUGUGAGAUAACCGCUUCUCCCAAGGUGUGGCGGGAACCAUCAAAAGUUGUAGGAAGGAAAGAUAAAACACCAUAUAUAGAUGGGGAAACAUCAUGGGGGGGGACUUGUCAUGUGCAGGAAAGAAUAAGGAUUACAGAGUUCCUCACUUGAAACUUUAUAAAUUACCUGACAUAACAACACGAACGAAACCACAAUAUUGUAGCUGUCAUAUAAGGGGUUAUUAUAUCUGAAUGGAAUACAAUGGAAAUUAUUAAGAUUUUGGAAUGCAGAAAAAAUGUAGAAGAAUGAAGCCAUCAGAUCUAACAGCAACUCUUCACAGUGUUUUGCAACAAAAGCCCCUGCGUUUUGCACCCCCAGUUUCAUGAGAUCUCUGACAGUGGUGGUAGUUUUGGGGAUCAUUCUGAGUUUGCAUGAUUUUGCCUUUAAGUGCAACCCCUGGAAGCAUAAGGCAUACAUAAGUUGCAGUCUUACUGUACAGUUACAAGGGUUGAUGCUGGAGGAAUAAGUUGUCUUUCUAUCUAUCGACCCCCCACUGGUUCAGGUAACCAACAACAAGUGUUGUUGUGAUACACACACACACACACACACACACACACACACACACACACACACCAGUGCUUUUCAAAUUCAAAAAUCGAAAGAGGAGCCCAUUGGGUCUAACCUUAGUGACUGUUAACGAUUGGUGGCCAGUGGCCAUGAGAGAUUAAUUUUAGCUUUUGAUUUGUGCAGAGUUCGUGAGAACUGUAGAAUUCCCUCGAGAGAGAGCUAAAGAGGGAGAGAUCAAUAUUGGAGAGCUGUGGUUUGGCAUAAAAGCGGCGAAACAGGAGCUAUGGCAGCUUGCUUAGAAAUAUUGCGGAUGUUGGUGACAGAUGCAAUUUUCCAAAUGACAGGAAUAAGAGUUUCCAUUGGCUUCAUGGCUUAUAGCGCUGUUAAAGAACUUGGACAAAUAAACUGGAAGGGAGUCGGUUUUUUCUUCAUUAUAUUUAUUUAUUUUCUAUACUAAAAUUAAUAUUGCUUAAAAUAUAAAUAUAAAUUAAAUCCCCCAUUAACUAUGAUGAUAAUGAUGAUGAUUAUGAUGAUUAUAAUAAUUUUAUUGUUUCCCCAGCCACUCUGAGCGACUUCCAGCAAUAUAUAUAUAUAUAUAUAUAUAUAUAUAUAUAUAUAUAGUCUGUGUGUGUGUGUGUCAGGGAGAUAAAGAAACAUAUAUAUGUCAGACAUAAAAAACUUCCCUGAACAGGGCAGCCUUCAGAUGUUUUCUAAAAGUUGUGUAAUUCUUUAUCUCCCUGACAUCUGGUGGGAGGAUGUUCCACAGGGCAGCCACCAAUACCGAGAAGGCCCUCUGCCUGGUUCCCUGUAACUUGGCUUCUCGCAGCAAGGGAAAUGCCAGAAGGCCCUCCGUGCUGGACCUCAGUGUCAGGGCUGAACGAUGGAGGUGGAGAUGCUCCUUCAGGUAUACUGGGCUGAGGCCAUUGAGGGCUUUCAAGGUCAGCACCAACACUUUGAAUUGUGCUUUUAGGACUACUAUUAUAAGGUCUCGGCUGCCACUCCCAGCUGCUGCAUUCUGGAUUAGUUGUAGUUUCCGAGUCACCUUCAAAGGUAGCCUUUGAACAGUAUUUCAGGAGUGCCUGUUGCAGCCCAGAAAUCAGUAGAAACCCCAGAAUAUUGUGUGUGUUUUUAAAAAACCAAAUAGUGUCAUUUGUGAGUUUUGACCAUCACACCAAAAAAAUGAGUGAAGUCAUGCCACAGACUCAUUUUUCCGUUGUCUUAAAUCAAAACAGCACCCAGAACCCAAACUUUUCUACAGUGACUCUCUGCUUGUGGAAUGACCUCCUCAGGAAGACUCCUUCAUUAUAAAUCUUUAGGCAACAGGCAAAAACAUUACUCUUCUCCCAGGCCUUUAAUUAAACAAUUAAUUAAACGGGGGGGGGUAUUGUAUUUGGUUUUUUUUACCAUGUUUUGUAUUCUUUUGUUUUUAUAUUGUAAACCACCCUGUGAUCCUCAAAUGAAGGGCAGUAUAGAAAUUCAAUAAAGAAGAAUAAAAAAAAUUAACAAAUACCUUCACCCCACCUCCAUACCCAGUUUGGUGAUGAUAUAUUGAGAGUUGGCCAAACCUAUGCCAAAGGACGGGUGAAGUCAAGCCAAACUCACGUUUUGGUCCGCCAUCUUGAUUCAAAAUGGCACCCAAAUAUUGACAAAGUCCAUUGCCUCCAGCUUGGGAAUGCUUGCGCCAAGUCUGACAAUGAUAUCGCUAUUCUGCCUUGGUCAGGCGCUGUCUGGCAUCCUGGUGUUCUGGGCACCACAAUCUAAGAAGGAUGUUGACAAGCUGGCGAGUGUGCAGAGGUGGGCAACCAAGAUGAUCAAGGGUCUGGAAACCAAGCCCUAUGAGGAAUGGCUGAAGGAGCUGGCCAUGUUUAGCCUGGAAAAGAGGAGACUGCGAGGAGAUAUGAGAGCCAUCUUCAAAUAUCUGAAAAGCUGUCAUAUGGAAGUUGAAGCAAAGUUGUUUUCUGCUUCUCAGGAGAGGAGAACCCAAACAAAUGUAAUCAAAGGGCAAGAAAGGAGAUUUCAACUGAACAUUAGGAAGAACAUUCUGAGUGUCGGAGCUGUUCGAUUCUACGAUUCCAUGCUUUCAGUGGCGACUGAACCUAUGCCCCCAAAUGGAUGAAGCCAUGCCAAAGAAAUGUUUCAAGCCAUCAGCUUGUUUCAAAAUGACUCCUGGCAUCCAAACAUCGAUUAUGACUGCCGUCCCCACCUUGGGAAGCUUUGUGCUAAGUUUGGCAAUGAUAACUUGAGAGGCAGCCAAACCUAAAGAGAACAGAUGGACAAAACGUUUUCCAAAAAUUUAUAGUAGAUAAUACUAAUUUUUCUUUCACAUCAUUCUUUUUCUUCUUCUAUCUCCUAUGCCUGGAGCUGCCCAGGAUUUUUUAGAAACUAAAAAAUAUUGUGUUUUUAAGUGGACGAUGUAAUUUGUGAGUUCCACCACACCAAAAAUGGAGUAAAGUCAUAUCAAAGCCACAUUUCGGUCUGCCAUCUUGAGUCAAAAUACCACCUGGUGUCCAAACAUCAACAUAGACCCCCAUCCUCAGCUCUGGGACCAUCAUGCUGACUUUGUUGAUAUCUCAAGAGGUGGUUGAAACCUUGUGGGCAGUUCACACCAAAAGGAUGUUUUGGAUCACGGUCUUGAUUCAAAAUGGUGCCUGUUGUCCAAACAGUCACGAAGCCUGCUAUCUCACCUCAGGAACUAUUGUGCUAGGUUUGGUGACAAUAUCUCAAGAGGUGGUGAAACCUAUGUCAAAAAAUGGAUGAAAUCACCUCAAAGUCAUGUUUUGGUCCACCAUUUUGAUUAAAAUGUCAGCCAAUGUCCAAACAGCAACAGAGAUUACUGCCCCCCCUCAUCUACCCUCAUACUAAGUUUGGGGAAGAUAUCUCAAGAUAUACAGGACACAGAGAAACUGCAUUCCAAAAUCUAUGUUGUUGUUGUUGGUGGUGGUGUUUAGUCGUUUAGUUGUGUCCGACUCUUCGUGACCCCAUGGACCAGAGUAUGCCAGGCACUCCUGUCUCCCACAGCCUCCCGCAAUUUGGUCAAACUCAUGCUGGUAGCUUCGAGAACACUGUCCAACCAUCUUGUCCUCUGUCGUCCCCUUCUCCUUGUGCCCUCCAUCUUGCCCAACAUCAGGGUCUUUUCCAGGGAGUCUUCUCUUCUCAUGAGGUGGCCAAAGUAUUGGAGCCUCAGCUUCAGGAUCUGUCCUUCCAGUGAGCACUCAGGGCUGAUUUCCUUCAGAAUGGAUAGGUUUGUUCUUCUUGCAGUCCAUGGGAUUCUCAAGAGUCUCCUCCAGCACCAUAAUUCAAAAGCAUCAAUUCUUCGGCGAUUAGCCUUCUUUAUGGUCCAGCUCUCACUUCCAUACAUCACUACUGGGAAAACCAUAGCUUUAACUAUACGGACCUUUGUUGGCAAGGUGAUGUCUCUGCUUUUUAAGAUGCUUCAAAAUCAAAAUGACUCAGUGAAUCAGAUCCACAUUCCGUUUUCUUUAAUUCAUCUAACCCUUCUUCAGUUGAUCCUAUUUCACCUUUUAAAAGACCAAACCAUUUUAUAUGGAGUUGGAACUGUUCUACCAGAUUCCUGGCUAUUUUAAAAAUCAACAGAUGCCAGAGUGCCAAAAACUGUCUGACUUUCUUUGAUCUCUCAUUUGAAGAAAGCUAUUUGCCAAUCUUUACAGAACCAGUAUUCUAGAUUCGUGAGCUUUAAUUAUUAUUAUUUUGAAUGGGGUCAAUUUUCAACAUAUUAGUACAUUUUAAAAGACCAGAAAAAUGGUAAUUGAAAAGCUCUCUUAUCAGUGGAUCAAUAAAUCCUAGGUAAUUUUUAAAAAACAAAACAAAACCAGAAAUUAACCUACGAUGCAAUCCUUUGGUGUCUGCCUACAUCCCAGUAACCCAUAGGAUUUUUCACAUCUCCCUCUAGAGAUGUGCAGUGACCCAAAUAUUCACAUUGUAGCUGCAUUUGUAGCAUCUGAAGGAAGCCUAAUCUGUUUUGGAUCUGCUCUGUCAUUCCAGUUUGAGUGGGCAUUUGGGUUAAAUCUGCAAAGAGGACUGUUCAAAUAUUAUUUCAGGAAGCCUUGAUACAGAUGGUUUGGUUCACGCAUGAAUCAGUGGCUUGGUUUGUAGCUCCUAGGAAAGGCAGUCCAGAUGUUUUGGACCACAACUCCCAUCAGUCAGGGAGGAUGGGAGUUGUAGUUCAGCAACAUCUGGAAGACAGCACAUUGACCACCCCUGCCCAACACUGGCACAUGGGCACCAUAGUCCUGUUUGGGUUGGAAGAAACGGGGAGUGCCAAGAGGUAUUCUGAAACACAGGACUAAAGGUUGCCCACCCAUGGCCCACAAGUGGGUGGGUGGGGAACUCUGUCAGGGAGGGAAUGGUUGGCUUUGUCACAUGAUCUCCUGGUUGGUUUCAAAUGUAUUUUUUGUAUGUUGCGAUGGUGGAUGUGGGGCCCAAUGCUUGACCACAUAACACCGGUCUUGAAAGAUCUACAUUGGCUCCCAGUACAUUUCUGAGCACAAUUCAAAGUGUUGGUGUUGACCUUUAAAGCCCUAAAUGGCCUCGGUCCAGUAUAUCUGAAGGAGCGUCUCCACCCCCACCGUUCUACCAGGACACUGAGGUCCAGCGCCGAGGGCCUUCUGGAAGUUCCCUCAUUGCGAGAAGCCAAGUUACAGGGAACCAGGCAGAGGGCCUUCUCUGUAGUGGCACCUGCCUUGUGGAAUGCCCUCCCACCAGAUGUCAAAGAGAACAACAACUACCAGACUUUUAGAAGACAUCUGAAGGCAGCCCUGUUUAGGGAAACUUAAUGUUUGAUGCAUUACCCUAUUUUAAUAUUUUGUUGAAAGCUGCCCAGAGUGGCUGGGGAAGCCCAGCCAGAUGGGUGGGGUAUAAAUAAUAAAUUAUUAUUAUUAUUAUUAUUAUUAUUAUUAUUAUUAUUAUUAUUAUUACUAUUGAGAAACACAACUUCGAAGUCCCCCAAGAGCCUUGCUGGAUCAGGCCCAUGGCUUUUCUCCAGCCAGAACUCAGUUCCAGCACCUCUGAGGUGGGCACCAUUGCCAUUACAGUGGUACCUCUGGUUACAUACUUAAUUUGUUCUGGAGGUCCGUUCUUAACCUGAAACUGUUCUUAACCUGAAGCACCACUUUAGCUAAUGGGGCCUUCCGCUGCUGCUGCGCUGCUGCUGCACGAUUUCUGCUCUCACCCUAAGGCAAAGUUCUUAACCCGAGGUACUAUUUCUGGGUUAGCGGAGUCUGUAACCUGAAGUGUAUGUAACCUGAAGCGUAUGUAACCCGAGGUACCACUGUAUAAGAGAACAAAGGAAGCGUUCAUGGUGAGUUCCAGCACCUCUUUUCCUAGAAAUGAUGAUCUGGGCUGAGCUAGAUGAUCAGUCUCAGAAAUCCUAGAAAUCCUGUUCAAACACUCAAUUUCAAAGGACGCUUGCCAGGACAGUUUGGGAAUCCUGCAGGAUCAUCUGUGCCUUUGACUUUGGGAGUUCAGCCAUUAAAUACUUCCUUCCUUCCACUUUUCUCUCCUCUCCCGGUUAGAUGGCAGCGCCAUAUUCCGCGGAUGCUUCCGCCGGCCAGAUAACAUCUCCUUGGCUUUGCCGGUGAGCAGGGUCAUGAGAAACAUGUCUGUGGACCGGUGCGUUGACUUCUGCACGGGAAAGGUAAGCUAGCCAAGAGAUGAAGGAUGCUGUGCCCCAACGUCCUAAGCUUGGGUCACAAGCCCUCCAGUGUGACCAAGGAUUGGAACCCAAGGGGUAUGAUCUUGCAGAUAGAAGGAGGAGACUGUCAAUGAUUGGCUGCAUACAAAGGAGGGAGCCACGAGCUUAGGAACCCCCAAGGGGAGAAGUCUCAGAGGCAGGAUUUAGGUUCAACUCAAAAUAGUCCUUGGGGGUCUUUUGAGCUUUAUUUACAAUCAAAUCAUUUCUCAGUAAAGCAUCAUUCAUCCACCAUCUAAAAGAACCCUGUAGAGACAAUUUUAAUUCUGUCAACACCGCAUUAUGAUCAAAACAAGUCCUUGAGCGAAUCUCAGAUUUAGUCACUCUUGGGUCUUUAGUUAACCAUAUAUAGUCCAGGCGACUGCACGAUAGAUUUGUAUCUGCAAAAAAUGUAAAAUCUUUCUCCAUUGGAUUCCUCAAUCUCCAUAUGUCUAUCAGGUCAAAACUGUCCACCAUCUCGAAAAACGUCUUUGGUAGCCUCCCGUCAUUAGUAAGUUUUUGCCUUUGGUUUCUAUCCAUCAUUGUUAAGACAACGCCGUUCAAAUCCCCCAUCAAGACAAUUUUGUAAUCCAAAUAGUCCAUAAGAGUGGCCUGUAGGUUUUUUAAAAAUUCUGACCUGCCCUCAUUUGGUGCAUAGAUUCCAAGCACCUAAAGCUUUUCACCUUGUACUGUCAAUUCCACUGCAACAUAUCUUCCAGCAACAUCCUUGAAGAUCGUUUUGGGACUGAAUUUCUCUUUCCCAUAAAUCACAAGGGGAGAAGAAAUAAUAGAAACUGUGAGAGUGAUCAGGAGACAGCAAAUCCUAUUGAACUCAGUAGGAUUUAGCUCUGAGUAAAAUGCUUAGGAUUGCCAUGUAAGGCUGCCCAGUCUUGACCCAGCUACUUGGGAGCAAGCAUCAUUGAAUACAGUGGGACUUCCUUCUGAGUAGACAGUGUAAGUCUCCAUUUACAUCAAAGGAAUCAACACUCCCUGCAUUUCCUAAGAAACAGCUGGCUGUGGAAGCAUGGCAGUUGAAAAUAUAAAGUGGAUUGGUGACCUUUUCCUUCAAAAUUAUAGGAAGACCUUCACAGUUUCCUUCAUUCUGGUGCAGGUAUUCUCUCUCUCACACACACCCCAGUAGAAACAGGACUCUGUUUUUGCACCUACACACACCGCUUUUGAUUGUUCUCCAAGGAAACCAGAAAAAGGAAAACCGAGGUAGCUUUCGCAAUUCCAGGACUAUCCCUGGCAAAUUGGAAGAUGUUGUAAACAAAAAUCUGCCCCUUUCCCUUAUGGGAUAUCCAAGAGCCCAUAUAGAGUCCCUAUUGGUAGGAGAGAAUAACAGAGGCCAACCAGAGAAUAUUGAGAAGCAAAGCAGAUAGUAAGCUUGAUCUUUAUUGAACUGUUGCAACAGGGCACUCCCCUCACACACAGUAAAGGAGGAGGAAGCCAGAACAAUGGCACGCAAGGCCUUAUAAAGACUUUUGAAAUUGCCACCCUGUAGAUCAAGACCACCCCCCAGAAACAUCAUACAUACAUCCCAGAAGGGGUGUAACCUAAGACCACCCCUCAGAUACAUCAUACCUACAUCACAGAAAAGGCGGUCUUAAAACAGAAAUUUGAAUGUUGGUUUUCUCCCGUCCUUGUUUAUCUACUGUCUGGCAGGUUACUUGAUUGGAUUGCCUGGGGAGCCUGGCCAUUCUUUUGUAGUGAUAAAUACUUUGUUCCUGGGCCAGGCCACAGGCUCACACCCUAUUCAUAUCUUAAAUGUGCCCUUAAGACAGGAUUUGUGAGGAAAGAGACAAUGGGGAGGUUUCCCACUUUGACCUUGUAGAGAAAACAUUUACUCAGUUUAGGAAUCAAAAUGGUUCCAAGUUGGUCUUCCUGUGCUGAUCUAUGUAUGUGCUGUUAUGAACAUUACCAUAUAUCUAAGACCUCAAAAUUCCUAUCACAGAGACUUGGAGAAUAUGAGCUUCAUGGCCAAAUGGGGAUUCGAACCCUGAUCUCCCACACCCCACCAUGGACUAUCUCUGCUUUCUUACGGCACACAGUUUGGGCCUUGCCCCUGCUGUUGUCAGCCAGCUCUCUGAGGCGGCAACACAAACUCAUUGUGGCGUGCCCUUUGAUUAACCCAGCCUUGCUGCCUUCCUGGGUAUUAAAUUGCCUGUCAGGCCUCACCACGGCCUUCAUAACUCUGCGCUUUAAGGCUCAAAUGAGGGCACGGAUGUCGUACUCCAUGGGCUUUUAAGCGGCCUUCGUCCAGGUGACAAACUCGCGCAUUAUCCAACUGCCACUGGGCCGUGAUUUUGAAAGGGGUGCCAUAAGCCUGGCUGUAUAACUCUUGACUGUAGUAAAUAACUCCCUGACGGCAACAGCAAUUUCCACUCCACUGCUUUGGGAAGGGAGAGAUGAGGAUAUCCCCAACUCAGCUGCGCAGAAGUGGGGAAAGAAAUUUGGUUUGCAUUUGGAAUGUUUGCAACGCGUUACCCAGUCAACAAAUGUAUGCAAAGAAGGAAGAUGGGGUACACAAAAAGUGUACGUUUGUGAAAAUUACCUUCAAAAAUGCAUUACUUAUAGGGGGAUGUCUUUCAAAAAUGCAUCUACAGUGGUACCUCGCAAGACGAAUGCCUUGCAAGACGGAAAACUCGCAAAACGAAAGGGUUUUUGGUUUUUUGAGUUGCUUCGCAAGACGAUUUUCCCUAUGGGCUUGCUUCGCAAGACGGAAACGUCUUGCAAGUUUGUUUCCUUUUUCUUAAAACCGUUAAUACAGUUGCGACUUGACUUCGAGGAGCAACUCAUAGAAUGCGGUGUGGUAGCCUUUUUUGAGAUUUUUGAAGACUUUGGUGAUUUUUGAAGCUUUUCCAAAACUUUUCCGACACCGUGCUUCGCAAGACGAAAAAAACCGCAAGACGAAAAAGCUCGCGGAACAAAUUAAUUUCGUCUUGCGAGGCACCACUGUAUUAGGGGAAAUUGCGUGCAAAAAAUAUGCACAUAUCCGGAGGGAAUGUGCAGGGAAGCAACCCUGUGAAAUAUACAUAUAAUUUAUUUUUUCCAUAAAAUUUAUAUACCUCUUGAUUGCUAAAAAAAACCCAAGUGACUUACAAAAGGAAGAAAACUAUCAAAUAAUCGGUACAGUUAAAAGCCACUAUUUCUAAGAAGAUAAUUAAAAUGAAUGAUAAUCUAAAAACAGAUCAAAACACCCAUAGGCAUUCAGCAUGUCCAAGUAGUCUCGUCUAAACCGAAAUGUUUUUAUCAGGCGCUGAAAAGAGUAGUUGCUGAUCUCUAAACAGGGGUGUUAUAUGGUCUCGCUCUUGUCAGAAACUGUAUUGCAGCAUUCUGCAGCCUCGGUUCAAUUGCAGUUGAAGCCUCACAUAGAAUGCAUUGGUAGGGAUGUCUUAGAGCAACAGAUGGAAAGUAACCCUAAAUUAUUCAGUUUAGUUUCACAGCUUAGCGGAGAUUCGAACCAAGGACUCCACAGCUGAGCCCAACACGAUGAGGACCUCCAGAUGUUGCUGUGGCCUUCCUUUUUUCAUAUUUUAUUUUUAAUUUUCAAUAACUUAACAAUUUAACAUCCAAAUUACUUACUUAUUCAUCACUUCUAGACCAGGGGUCAGCAACCUAAGGCCCAUGGGCCGAAAGCGGCCCACAGAGGUCAUUUGACUGGCCCACGAGCCGCACCCGAACCAAGCCGCCCACUUGCCUGCUGCGCUAAACCGGCGCAGCGCAGCGCGGGGACUCGCUUCUGCAGCACCCAAAAUCACAUUUGCACAGACGCUGAAAAUCCAUGCUUGCGCACUCACGUGCGCACACAAUCCAGCCCAUUGAGGGCUCUCCACAGGACCGAUCUGGCCCAGGCAAGUUAAACCAUGCUGACCCCUGUUCUAGACUUCACACCCCCACCCACCCACACGGUUUCCAAUUUCUCCCCCUUUUUACCUUAUACAGCUUUAGUUUUCCAUUCAGUUACAAGUCCAUUGAUAAUACUAAUCCACAUUACUUCAUAGAUGCUGUGUCAAUCCUGCUAAUGUUUUUAAGUCUUCACAGUGGACCUUAACAAAAUAAAAAAAAUCCUUCCAGUAGCACCUUAGAGACCAACUAAGCUUGUUAUUGGUAUGAGCUUUCGGGUGCAUGCACACUAUCAGCCAACCUAGCAGUUCGAAAGCACUUCAAAGUGCAAGUAGAUAAAUAGGUACCGCUCCGGCGGGAAGGUAAACGGCGUUUCCGUGCGCUGCUCUGGUUCGCCAGAAGCGGCUUAGUCAUGCUGGCCACAUGACCCGGAAGCUGUAUGCCGGCUCCCUCGGCCAAUAAAGCGAGAUGAGCACCGCAACCCCAGAGUCGGUCAUGACUGGACCUAAUGGUCAGGGGUCCCUUUACCUUUUUAAGGUGCUGCUGGAAGGAAUUUUAUUAUUUUGUUUCGAAUAUGGCAGACCAACAUGGCUACCUACCUGUAAGUGGACCUUAAGAUAUUCUAUAUAUUCAGUCCAGUCUUGUAUAAACUUUUUUUUCAUCUUGGUCCCAGAUUUUCACAGUCGUCUUUGCCAUUUUGGCAUAGUCUAUCAUCUUAGAUGGGACACAGGUGGCGCUGUGGGUAAAUCCUCAGUGCCUAGGGUUUGCCGAUCGCAUGGUCGGCGGUUCGAAUCCCCGUGGUGGGGUGAGCUCCCGUCUGCGGUCCCAGCUCCUGCCCACCCAGCAGUUCAAAAGCACCCCUAAAGUGCAAGUAGAUAAAUAGGUACCACUUUCUAGCGGGCAGGUAAACGGCGUUUCCGUGUGCUGCGCUGGUGCCGGCUCGCCAGAGCAGCUUCGUCACGCUGGCCACGUGACCCGGAAGUGUCUCCGGACAGCGCUGGCCCCCGGCCUCUUAAGUGAGAUGGGCGCACAACGCUAGAGUCGGACACGACUGGCCUUCGGGCAGGGGUACCUUUACCUUUACCUAUCAUCUUAGUUAUCCCUUCCUCCUUCAUUGGUACAUCCUCUUCUUUGCUUUGGCCUUCCAGAGGGACCACAACUUCCAUCAUCCUGCACCACUGGCCAUUCUGGGGGCUGGACUAGAUGACCCCCCGGAACCCUUCCAGGUCUAAAGUUCAUGAUUCUAACUGCACUCCUUCUCAAAGGCAAUGCACAAAAUUAUUCUCCCCUGUUCUUCCACCAGGAAUACCCACUCGCGGCACUGGCUGCCACCACCUGCCACUGCGGUUUCCCUACGACCCUCUUCACAUUGCACGAGAGGGAAGACGAGCAGCUCUGCUCCCAAAAAUGCAGCGGCGAGGAAUUCGAGAGCUGUGGCACCUCCAAGUAUUUCAUCGUUUAUCAGACUCAAGUUCAAGGUAAGGUAAGGUAAAGGGACCCCUGACCAUUAGGUCCAGUCAUGGCCGACUCUGGGGUUGCGGGGCUCAUCUCGCUUUAUUGGCCGAGGGAGCCGGCGUACAGCUUCUGGGUCAUGUGACCAGCAUGACUAAACCGCUUCUGGUGAACCAGAGCAGCGCACAGAAACGCCGUUUACCUUCCCGCUGGAGCGGUACCUAUUUAUCUACUUGCACUUUGACGUGCUCUCGAACUGCUAGGUUGGCAGGCGCUGGGACCGAGCAAUGGGAGCUCACCCCGUCGCGGGGAUUCGAACCACCGACCUUCUGAUCGGCAAGUCCUAGGCUCUGUGGUUUAACCCACAGCGCCAUCCACUUCCCCUUAAGUUCAAGGUAGAGGGCUCAUUUGUAUGGAAGUGAUUUGCAGGAAGAAGGUUCCUUUCUCAACCCAUCUGGCAUCUGCGUAGAACUGGGGAAGAUCCCCAGCCCACCGCCGUCUGAAUCCUUAGAGUCAAUUGUUUGUUUUUAAAAAAAACAACAAAAAAACCCCUCACCCUUUUAUUUCUUUUAAUUACCAAAGAUAUAAAUUUCGCUUUGGAAUGAAACAGUAAUUAGUUCCGGCUUCCAUCAGAUAGAUAGCUCUGUUGGUUAGAUGCAGGAAACCGCUGUUUGACUUUUGCAAGAAGCGGUUGCCCACUUCCUUUCUCCACUUCCCUCUCGUUCCCUUCUUCUUCUUGCUCUAUUAACUCAGUUCCCUCUCUGGAUUUGUUCAUGCAUUGCAUUUCUAUGUGUUCCAUUCAGAUCAAUCUCCUUUUGGCUCUGUUGAAAUGGAUGUAAGACAUUUACAAUGGCUUUGAGUGCUGCGGAUUUCAGGGGAACUAAGUUCCAAUAACUUUGGCAGCAAAUCCUAUGCAUACUGUUACUUGCACUCCAGUAUGUUUGUAUGUAUGUAUGUACCCUAUGUAUACCCCGCCCAUCUGGCUGGGAUUCCCCAGCCACUCUGGGCAGCUCCCAACAGAAUAUUAAAAACACGAUAAAACAUCAAACAUUAAUAACAUCCCUAAACAGGGCCGCCUUCAGAUGUCAUUGAAAAGUCAGAUUCUUGUUUAUUUCCUUGACAUCUGAUGGGAGGGUGUUCCACAGGGCGGGUGCCACUACCAAGAAGGCCCUCUGCCUCGUUCACUGUAGCCUUACUUCUUGCAGGGAGGAAACUGCCAGAAGGCCCUCGGUGCUGGACCUCAGUGUCUGGGUUGAACGAUGGGGGUGGAGACUCUCCUUCAGUGUCAGGGAACUGACAUCGGAGCCAGAGGCGGAGGCAAGGCUCUCAAGCAAUGCUGGAGAAGGGCCCAGCAGGGAGAGAGGCAGCUCAUCAGCUGGGGAAGGAAAUCAGCGUAACACCAGGGAUAAAGGGGGGCAGAAGGGGGAAUCGGCGAGGGGGCUCCAGGACUCCUCGCCGGAGACCAGCGGGGAGAGCACGGGUCCUCCGCUACCCACGCCCUCCCUGCGCAGAAGACUUCCGCGCAGGGAGAGUAGGAGGAGACUUGGCGUCAAACAGCUUUUAUGCUGGAAAAGGUUUAAGAAACGCCCACUGACGGAUUCUGCUAGCAACUGAAACAGCCACGAAGUGAAGGGCUGUCCAGACAGAAAAGGUUUAACAAGGCAACCUAGCCAGGAGAGGCGGCAAUUUACCCACGAGCAACCCCUAUAUUUAUUACAUUCAGGUAUACUGGGCCAAGGCCUUUUAGGGCUUUAAAGGUCAGCACCAACACUUUGAAUUGUGCUCGGAAACGUACUGGGAGCCAAUGUAAAUCUUUCAGGACCAAUGUUAUAUGGUCUCGGCAGCCACUCCCAGUCACCAGUCUAGCUGCCUCAUUCUGGAUUAAUUGUAGUUUCCUGGUCAUUUUCAAAGGUAACUCCACGUAGAGAACAUUGCAGUAGUCUCUCCAUCGGCCUUCAUUCCAAGUAAACCAUGCAACUAUGGUUUGCAUGGGGUGCAUGCAACAAUACGUUUUUAAUUUUAUUGUGAAAUCACUUUAUAGGAAGUGGUUUCUGAAUGAAAAAAUAAUAAAGAAACCAGCAGAGACAGGCGGGGCCUUUUCGGUGUUGUCCCCUCACUUUUAGGAUUCCCUCUCCAGGGAGAUGUCCAAGGCCCCCUCAUGAUUUACUUGGUGUUUUGUGCACUUAUUCCCUCCCAGUGACCGCAGGAUCCCUCCAUUCCUAGCUAACGCCUUCAUUUUGAUCUGCUCACAGAUAACCGCUGUAUGGACCGGAGAUUUUUAACGGCUCGGGCCAAGCAGUUUGUUGCCCUUGCAAGCUUUCCUGGGGCGGGCAAUACCUGGGCAAGGCACCUCAUUGAACUGGCAACAGGUUUCUACACUGGCAGCUACUACUUCGAUGGCUCUCUUUAUAACAAAGGUGAGAGGGGAGCGCUUGUUUUCUUUUGGAAUUUAUUGGUGUUUUUAAUAUAAAAAGAAUCAGGAAGGGGGUGGGGGCUGAAACCCUUUCCUGUAGUGAAUCCACAUCUGCACCAUCCAUUCGAAACAUUAUGAUAAUACUUUAAACAGUCAUGGCUUCCCCCAAAGAAUGCUGGGAGUUGUAGUUUGUGGUAGUGACAGUUGUUAGGAGGCCCCUGUUUUCCUCCCAGAGCUGCAAUUCCCAGAGUAGCUUAACUAUCAGUCCCUCUUCCCAGAUGACUCUGGGAAUUGUAGUUCUCGUCAGGGAAAUAAGGGUUUCCUAAGAAAUCUUUUGAAUGAUGGUGCUGGAGGAGACUUUUGAGAGUCCCAUGGACUGCAAGAAGAUCAAACCGAUCCAUUCUGAAGGAAAUCAGCCUUGAGUGCUCACUGGAAGGACAGAUCCUGAAGCUGAGACUCCAAUACUUUGGCCACCUCAUGAGAAGAGAAGACUCCCUGGAAAAGACCCUGAUGUUGGGAAAGAUGGAGGGCACAAGGAGAAGGGGACGACAGAGGACGAUGUCAGGGAACUGCCAUCGGCUCAGGGGCGAGAGGGGCAAAGCCGGAUGGAUUACAGAGAGCCCCCAAAGAUCGUGGGAAGCAGCUCCUCCUCAGCGGAGGAGAGUAACCAUGCCUCCAGUGGAGAGGAGCUCCAGGGCUCGGAGGAGGUGAGGCAGUGUCAGGACACCUUGCCUGGGCAAAGCGGGGAGGAGAGAGGUCCUCCGUUACCCACGCCCUCCUUGCGCAGUAAGCUUCCGCGCUGAGAGGGGAGGUGCAGACUGGGCGUCAAGAAACUACUCUGCUGGGUUAGGUUUAAGGACCGCCCACUCACGGAUUCUGCCAAUGAAUGAGCCAGCCAAGGGAGAGUGGCGUUCUGGACAGAUACGUUUAUUUUGGCAUCAAAAGCAAGGCUACACCGGCGAGCAGGGAGGCAUUUGCCUGCUUGCUCUCGAGCAACCCCUUGGAACCCUAACAGACGAGAUGGUAGCUUCUCGAAGCUACCAGCAUGAGUUUGACCAAACUGCGGGAGGCAGUGGAAGACAGGAGUGCCUGGUGUGCUUUGGUCUAUGGGGUCACAAAGAGUCGGACAUGACAACAACAACAACAAAGAACUCUCAGCAUCCUUAACAGACCACAGCUCCCAGGAUUCUUUGGGGGAAGCCAUGACUAUCUAUGGUCUCUUGAACGCUCUUGAACAGCUCUUACUGUCAACAAGUUCUUCCUGCUGUUUAGGUGGAAUCUCCUUUGCGGGCACACGCGCUAAACCCUGUCUGUGGUGCCUACCCCUUUUCCCAAAUGAUUAACACAAGAGACCAGAGUAUGGGUUCAAAUUGGCCACAACUUUAUUGAACUUCAGAAGUGGGAAACGUGGCACAGGCCUUGGCAGGUAACCCUCUCAGCCCGCCUGGCUGAGGAUAUGCAGGCAGUUGAGGCCCAGUGAGAGGGGACUGCAAAGCGCAAACUUACACAGCAUGCCCUUCCACUGACCUCGUCAGAGGAGUUUGACCUACAUGCUGCCGCUGUAGGGCCAGGGACUCCCGGUUUGCCCUUUAACGGGCCCUGCACGCGCCACUGCAUGGGGAGGGAGCAUGAAUGCACCCCCCCAACUUGAUGUUAGACUAAAGGCUACCUUGCCAAGGCCUAAAACCGCCAAAGUUGUGACGAAAUUGCUACGGGGAAGGCGAAACCUGCCAAUGCAGGGAAAAUUCCUUCCCGGUUCUGAAUACAGCAACCAUCUUACGACCACAGCAGCGCCCGCUGACCAGGAACGCAAAAUAUUAGCUUGUAAAGAAGAAAUCGUUAAAUUGAAGAACGCCAACCUAAGCUGAAAUUAAAAGGCAAGAAAUAUUAAUUGAGGGAGGGUGGGUGGGUGAUCCCAGAAGGAAGAACAGCAAAAGAGGCUUGAGCUCAGGGGUCAGCCUCUUUUCUUUUGGCCUUAGGCCCACCCCCGGCUGGCCGUCCAUUGUCCUCCCUGGCCAAGGGCGGGUCAAAGGCCAGCUCAAGCAGGUGGGUGGCACCCGCCCAGGUGAGCCUCGCUUGGUGCCGCAAACCCCGCCCACCUAUGGGGAAGGGAGGGUGGAUAUUGCGGGCACACGCGCUAAACCCUGUCUGUGGUGCCUACCCCUUUUCCCAAAUGAUAACACAAGAGACCUGUGGGGAAGGGAGGGCGGAUAUUCUUGUCAGUUGAAGCCACUGGUUUAGGUCCUACCCUCCAGAGCAGGAGAAAACAAGUUUGCUCCUUCUCCCAGGGCUGGGAGCCACUGUGAAACCGGCUGACUUCAGACCCUUUUAUGUGAAUUGCGAUCGGUUGCCUGGAAACUAACUGCAAUACUCCCUUGGAAGUUCUGCAUCAUCAGAGCUUUAAAAUAUCCAUGGUAUACAAAGGCAGAUCAGUUAACAAGAGGAGUCUUCCUGGGGAACCCGGGGAAGAAUCCUCAAGGCCAACUCAGAAUACCAAAGAAAAGCCCCAUUACAUCAAUCAAUCUCCGAUAAUCUCCCAGAGAGACGAGGAAUGUGCAGAGACUCGGCUUAUUGGCACAGUCAGGGCCAGCUACAUGCAGCUUGUCUGUGACCAUAAAACCAGCUAGGAAGAGCAGGGAGCAGGAUUAACGGCCUUAAACAGAGACGCGCAAAUUGAGAAGAAAGAAUAUCUACAGAUCCUGGUGUGAAAGAGACCAGGUGUUUUGGGGAGUGGGGAGCAGUCAGUUUAACCUCUCACCCCCCUGGUAUGUUUCUGUCAGGACUGCAUUUUAAAUGUCUGGGGUGGUGGUGGGGAGAAGCAACAUCAAUUUCCCAGUCAGAUUUAUAAUACUUCUAAUGCACAUAAUGUUGGAGGGAGAGGUUUGGAAGAGAGAUCCCUGCUCUCCAGUAGCAGAGUUAAGCGCAAUGGUGAUUACUCCAAGCAUUUUAAAACUUGGUUAGGUUUGCAUCUGCCCUCAUCCACCUUAAAACAAACAUUCCGCAUCAAAAUACUUAGGCUAGAAUAAAUCACAGAUGCUUAGCAUCUGUGUUUCCAGGUGUGUUACUUGGUUUCCAGAAGUUCCAGCAUACAAGUCUCCAUAUAUCGGCAGUAAAAUGAAAAUGAAAAAAAAAAAAAGGUUCAAAAUGACUUAAAAAGAAAAGUACUUGGUUUCCUUACAAAAAGGUUCAUGCAGUCUUUGGGUUAGCAAAGAUCCAGGCUGUAAAAUCUUCCUUUUAUAUACCAUUUGACAGUUAAAAAGAACAAAGCCUCAAAGUGGUUUACAAAAAAGGUAAAGCAAUAAAAUUAUCAGUUGUUUUAAAAAUAACAACUUUUUAAAACAUACAAAUAAUAAUCAGAUAACCCAAAACCCGAUUAAAACACACACCAGCUUUUUACAUAUCUGGGUAGGCCUAGUUGAACAAAAAAUGUUUUAAGCAGAUUCAUAGUUCUCCCCCUCUCUAUUUUAUUCUCAUUACAACACUGAGAGGUAGGUUAGCUGAACAGACCAAACUCACUCAGUGAGCUUCAAAGCUGUAUUGGGUGUUCCAUGACAUCAUAGCAGCAGCACCAAUGGCUGGAGAGCGUCACGGGAGAGAAGGGUCAGGUGACAGCUUUCGGCUUCAGUUGUGAGUGGAGAGAGAGAGAGAUGAGUUGGGUUUUCUUAAGACUCCUCCAGCUCAGUCAUAAUCCUAUGACAAAGCUGGUCAUUUCACCCUGAGUCUUCCUACUGUUUGAGAAGACUCCCUGGCAGAACAGUACAGUAAAUCUCUCUUACACACAGGCACUCUGCUUGUUUGGGCAAGAAAGAAAUCUGUUACAAACGGGUCUUUCUCCAGAGCAAAUACUGCAGCUUUUUGGAAAUAAUGCAGCACAUUUCUCUGUCAUGUGUGAUUGUAUGCUUUGGGUUGGAUCAUCAUGUUUCUCCUUGCCCUCGCUGAUUCAGAGGCCAUCUAUCUUUCCGUUCCUGUGGGAAAUUAUUUACAGAGUUAAUAUUUCAUGGGCAACAAGAUCAUCCUUUACUUCUCCCCCUAAGGCGGUUUAAGGGACAGGGACAAGGCAGCCCACGUGAAUGAAAGUUUAGCAGAGGAAAUUCCUCACUGUAACAGGGAAGGUUACCAUUCUAUUCUGUCUCAGGCAGACCACACCUGGAGCCCGGUUUCCAGUUCUGGUCAUCCCAGUUUAAGGAGGACCAGCUGGAAUGUGUACAGAGGAGGGCAACCAAGAUGGUGAAGCAUCUGGAAACCAAGCCAUAUGAGGAAUGGUCGAGGGAGUGGCAGAUGUUUAGCCUAUGGUUACCAGAUGUCCUCAUUUCCCGGGGACAGUCCCCGGAUUUACAAAUCUGUCUCCGGACAAAAUCCAUCCCCGGAAUGUCCCCAGAUUUCAUUUAAUGUCCCCGGAUUUAUAUUUUAAGUGUUGUAGAUUUCUUAGUAGGGAAUGAAUGUUGCGUGAUUGGUUCAACGGCACAAGACACAUCAUAUGGGGACUUCCGGAGAGGCAAAAUGGCGGGCGCCACAGCAGCGGGCAGCUCCUGAAGCCAGCCAGAGCCAAUUGUGCUACAAGGCUGGCUCUGGGCUGCUGAGACUGCCACUGCCGCCGCCACUGCUGAGGGGGAACCAGGGAUGCCCGGCACGUCAACUGGGGGAACCGCUGACCCCACCCCCGCAUCCCAAAUUGAGCCGGGAGCAAGAGCGCCCAGUCACCCGGCCAACUGCCCAGUGGUGUUCCAGGGCCAGGAAAGCCCCGGAGCCGAUGGCGGGAGAAGGAGGAGAGGAGAAGGAGAAGGAAGAGAGAGAAGGAGAAAAAAGAGGGGAGCCCUGACCUUGUCACGCCGCUGCUGCCGCUGAGGAGGAGAGGUAGGAGAGCACCGGGAGAGCAAGGACACGUGGCUGAGCCCAGGCCCGACCCAAGCCUACUCUACGUCGGCUAGCGCUCCAAGAGAGCAGGCUGGGACCCAGAGGAAGGUUGCACGACAGAGGAGACCACAGAAGAGAAAAUAUUACUUCUUUUUUUUAAAAAAAUAACUUUUUUAAAAUAACUUUUUUUUUUCAAAAAAAAAGGUGUCCCUGAAUUCUUUGAAAAAAAAUCUGGUAACCUUAGUUUAGCCUCGAAAAGAGGAGACUGCAAGGAGAUACGAGAGCCAUAUUCUAAUAUCCGAAGGGCAGUCACAUGGAAAACAGAACAAGCUUGUUUUCUUCUGCUUGGCAGGGGGUUGGACUCGAUGGCCCUUGUGGUCUCUUCCAACUCUAUGAUUCUAUGAUUCUAUGAUUCCUGCCCCAGAGGGUGGGACCUGAACCAAUGGUUAAGAAAAGAGAUUUCAGUUAAACAUCAGGAAGAACUUCCUGACAGUAAGAGCUGUUUGGCACUGGAACAGACUCCCUCAAAAGAGGUGGACUCUCAUUUCUUGGAGAUUUUGAAGAGGGAUGGCCAUUUGCCAGGGAUUUUUUAGUUGUGAUUGCUGCAUUACAGGAGAUUGGAUCUUGGGGUACCUUCCAACUUAAUAAUAAUAAUAAUAAUAAUAAUAAUAAUAAUAAUAUACCCUGCCCAUCCGGCUGGGUUUCCCUAGCCACUCUGGGCAGCUUACAGCAAAUAAAAAUAAAAUAAAACAUUAGACAGUAAAAAUUUCCUGAUACAUGGUUGCCUUCAGAUGUCAUCUAAAAGUGAGAUAGUUGUUUAUUUCCUUGACAUCUGACAGGAGGGCGUUCCACAGGGCGGGUGCCACUACUGAGAAGGCCCUCUGCCUGGUUCCCCACAACCUUGCUUCUCACAGGGAGGGAACUGCCAGAAGGCCCUCGGAGCUUGUCCCCAGUGUCCGGGCUGAACGAUGGGGGUGGAGACGCUCCUUCAGGUAUACUGGGCCGAGGCCGUUUAGGGCUUUAAAGGUCAGCACCGAAACUUUGAAUUGUGCUCGGAAACAUCCUGGGAUCCUAUAAUCCUAUGAGUCUAUGACAUGUACCUGCAAAGUCAGAGGCUAUGCUCUGUCAUGAUGGCUAUGCUCCAUCUCCACAGUCAGAGACUGUCCAGUGGCUGGAAACCACAGGAGAAGAGUGGGCUUUUGUGCUCGGGUCUCGCUUGCUGGUUUCCCCACAGACAUCUGGAUGGCUAGUGUGGUGUAGUGGUUAAGAGCGGUAGACUCAUAAUCUGGUGAACCGGGUUCGCGUCCCCGCUCCUCCACAUGCAGCUGCUCUGCACACAUGCAGACUUCUCUGAAGUCUCUCAGCCUCACUCACCUCAAAGAGUGUUUGUUGUGGGGGAGGAAGGGAAAGGAGAUUGUUAGUGGCUUUGAGACUCCUUAAAGGUAAAGGGACCCCUGACCAUUAGGUCCCGUCGUGGCCGACUCUGUGGUUGCAGCGCUUAUCUCGCUUUAUUGGCUGAGGGAGCCGGCGUACAGCUUUCGGGUCAUGUGGCCAGCAUGACUAAGCCGCUUCUGGUGAACCAGAGCAGCACACAGAAACGCUGUUUACCUUCCCGCUGGAACGGUACAUAUUUAUCUACUUGCACUUUGACGUGCUUUCGAACUGCUAGGUUGGCAGGAGACUCCUUAGGGUAGUGAUAAAGCGGGAUAUCAAAUCCAAACUACUCCUCCUCCUCCUCCUCCUCCUCCUCCUCUUCUUCUUCUUCUUCUUCUUCUUCUUCUUCUUCACUGUGAGAAUUGGAUGUUGACCUAGAUGGGCCACUGGCCUGAUCCAGCACAGCUCUUCUUAUGUUCUUAUUUGUUAACCAUCAGUCUUGCGUUACGUGCCCCGUGUAGCUCACUGCCAGUGGGUAUUAUAAAACCCAAGAGUUACUUAUUCCCGGUGGUAAUAAAAGUCAUUAUGCUAUGUGAUAGCAGUAAUGAUGACUCGUAACGAAGCACUGAAAUUAAUACCUGGCAUAUAUACAACCCAAUCCUAUAUAUGCCCACUCAGAAGUCAGUCCUAUUAUGUUCCUUAAUUUGGGCUGAUUGCACAGUUUGCAGCCUAUGUGACGACGACAACAACAAAGAUUUAGUUAUUUAUUUAGAAUUAAAAUGUAUAGCUAUUAUAUUCGUGUAUGAGCACUACAGUCACAUCACUUGAUAUGAGAUUAAACCUAUGGUAAACACAUGAUAAUUGUGGUGGCCAGUCAUUAUGACUGUUUGCUUCUGCUGGCCAGAUAUCAGAGAUGGUAGCUUGCGGUUGUUUGUUCUGAGCCAGUCUCCGCUUACCUCGCUGGGUCAAAGCAUAUCCGAGCAAUGAGCAAAGGAGCUGCCACGAAACUCUUUUGUGCAUGUUCUAAUUGGAAGAAGCAAAUUACAUGUAUGUAAUUAAUAUCUUGUAUCUCCUGCCAUCUGAUCUCUCCCCGUUGGCUCGAAAUAGUAGCUAGCAUGGGUUAGUGUCCCAAUCUGUCCUCCCUCCCAACAUCGCUGAGCUUUGUCAGUCGUUGACUGUGUUGACUGAGAGCCAAACCAGAUGGUUUUCAGAUGAAAUUGUGCUGACAGAUGCCCACUGUCUGCCACAAAGGAAACUGGUUACUGGGCCAACUGAUGAAGGGAUUGCAAAGGGAGUUCUGUCCACCCCUCACUUGAGGAGAUGCUCACCCAGGGCUUUGUUCACCUUAAAUAUCACUUGCAGAGAAGCUGGACCCUCGCAAGGAAGCAGGUCAAUGCAGGGAGGCAAGAUGCAGAACAUUCCAGGUGUCCAGAGGUGGAGCCUUCAGGACCCUGGAAAGCUCCAGAGAAGCAGAGGUGUUGCCCCAGCAAAGGGAAGGAACAAACCUUAUGAGGAGUGACAGAGGGAGUUGGGGAUGUUUAGCCUGGAAAACAGCAGCCUGAGAGGUGACACGAUAGCUAUCUUCGUAGCCAUAUCCGAAGGGCUGUCCCAGGGAAGAUGGAGCAAGUUUGUUUUCGGCUGCUCCAGAGGGUGGGACCCGAACCAAUGGGUUCAAAUGACCAGAAAUGAGAUGACAACUAAAAUGUUAGGAAAACUUUGUAAGAAUUGUUCAACAGUGGAACAAACUACUUUGGAGGGGGGUGGGCUCUCUUUCACUGGAGCUUUCAAAGCAGAGGUUGGAUGGCCACCUGUUAGUGAUUCUUUAGUUGUGAUUCCUGCCCUGCGGGGGGUUGGACUGGAUGGCUCUUGGGAUCCCUUCCCGGUGGAGUAUAGGGUCAAGUUCAAGGUGCUGGUCUUGACCUUUAAAGCCCUUUGUGGCUUAGGCCCCUCGUAUUUACAGGACUGCUUCUCCUGCUAUGCCCCACAGAGAACCUUAAGGUUGAUGAAUAACCAUAGUUUAGAGGUCCUAGGCCCUAAGGAAGUCAGACUAUCCUCCACCAGGGCCAGGGCCUUUUCAGUGAUGGCUCCAACCUGGUGGAAUGCUCUGUCCCAUGAGACUAGGGCCCUUCAGGAUUUAACCUCCUUCCGUCGGGCCUGUAAGACAGAGCUAUUCCGCCUGGCCUUUAAUUUGAAUCCAGCCUGAUCUUUUAUUUCCCUUCUCUUCCCUCCCCCUCCCCUUUUAUGAAGAUUACCCGCUCUGGGAUCCCACAGCUAAUUCUCCCCUGGCCUCCUCGCUGGCCCAAGUAGGACCAAUUCAGCCAGCUAGCCCUCGGAUUAUCUAAUGCUUAUUUCCCCUAAAUUGAUUUCUGAAUUUUGAAUUUUAUUGUUAUUCAUGUUUUUAUACUGUAUUUUAUGCUGCUUUUACAAUUAAGUGUUUUAAAUUUGUUGUUAGCUGCCCUGAGCCCGGUUUUUGAACCGGGAAGGGUGGGGUAUAAAUAACAAAUUAUUAUUAUUAUUAUUAUUAUUAUUAUUCCAACUCCACAGUUCUAUGAUUCACCUCAGCCCCAAAGUACCAGAUGAUGGAUCUCAUGUCACCUUGUGGUCUCCUAUUCCCCAGGCUAAACAUCCCCAACAGACCUUUCCUCUGUUUCUCUGGAACGUGGCAUGAGCCCAUCACCUUCUGUUCAGCUACUGUGGCAUUGGGUGCCCCCUCACACACCCACACACCCCAUUUUCUGUUCUUUCUUUAAUGAACAAACUGCUAUAAAGCCCCAAGAUGAACCAGUCUGUGGAGAGAGACAAAGGCCAUUUGACAUUAAUGGACAGGAUGGUUACGGAUGUUGGCUGGUUGGCUUUUCAAGUGUUUUUCCUCACUUUCCUCUCGCCAGAGCUCCUCUUUCUCUCUCUGCCUCUCUCUCACACACACAUGCACACAAACCACCGUUUUCUGAGUUAUGAGGCCCAUUGAAAUGUCUUAGCCAGGAAGACACAAUUGAAAGAAAUCUCUUUGACCCUCACUGCAUUCGGUCCUGUUGGGCGGUGGUAAGGAAGAAAAGGAUUUGUGUUUGUAAGGAGCCACAAAGAUGUCAAGGAGAACGCAGGAAAAUCAGCUGGUCAGAGAUAGCAGAGACAACAAUGCUGAGAAUUAGGGAAUGUGUGGGCUUUACAGACAUUUAGAGCAGGGGGCUGGUCCACUGUCCCUCAGACCUUGUGGGGUGCCGGACUAUAUUUUUUGGGGGUGGGGGUGGGGAAUGAAAGAAUUCCUAUGCCCAACAAAUAACCCAGAGAUGCAUUUUAAAUAAAAGGACAGAUUCUACUCAUGGAAAAACACCAGGCAGGCCCCACAAAUAACCCAAAGAUGCUUUUUAAAUAAAAGGACACAUUCUACUCAUGUAAAAACAUGCUGAUUCCCAGACCAUCCGUGAGCUGGAUUUAGAAGGCAAUUGGGCCAGAUCCGGCCCCCGGGCCUUAGGUUGCCUACCCAUGAUUUAGAGGGUUGGGUCUUCUUUCAUUCUUUUCUUCCUCUUUAGCUUUACUCCAUCUUCCCGUAUUUGUCCGUAGAGCUCAUUCUUUGCUCUUCCUUUUCCUCCCCCCACCCCCCACAACAGGGUUCAAAGGUGAACGGGACCACUGGCGAAGUGGGAGGACGAUCUGCAUCAAAACUCACGAGAGUGGGCAGAAGGAAAUCGAGGCGUUUGAUGCAGCCAUCUUGCUGAUCCGUAACCCCUACAAAGCACUUAUGGCUGAAUUCAACCGGAAAUAUGGAGGCCACAUUGGGUUUGCUGCUCAUGCCCACUGGAAAGGGAAAGGUAAAUACGGGGAUCCACCCCACCGGCUUCUAUCUGCUUAUUAAAAGAUUAUUUUUUAAGCUACCUUUUAGGGCACAGUGUCCUCACAAGGCGGCGUGACAAAACUCUCAAAAGCACACAAGCACGUAGUCUGGCCAUAUUCACACCACAUAUGUAAAGCACUAUGGCAGGAAUAGGGAUGUGGGUGGCGCUGUGGGUUAAACCGCAGAGCCUAGGACUUGCCGAUCAGAAGGUCGGUGGUUCGAAUCCCCACAACAGGGUGAGCUCCCAUUGCUCGGUCCCUGCUCCUGCCAACCUAGCAGUUCGAAAGCACGUCAAAGUGCAAGUAGAUAAAUAGGUACCACUCCGGCGGGAAGGUCAACGGCGUUUCCGUGCGCUGCUCUGGUUUGCCAGAAGUGGCUUAGUCAUGCUGGCCACAUGACCCAGAAGCUGUACGCUGGCUCCCUCGGCCAAUAAAGCUAGAUGAGUGCCACAACCCCAGAGUCAACCACGACUGGACCUAAUGGUCAGGGGUCCCCUUUACCUUUACCUUUACACUGUCAAAUAACUGUAUCGUUGAAUGCAUCACCAAAGUUUCAGCUAUCCAUGAUAUAGCCUUAGGCUUAGGGUUUUUGUUUUAGUGGAAGAAUGUUGCAGAAAUGUGGAGACCUGAAAUUUAAGACUAAAAGAAAAAUGGAGAGAGCUGCAAUCAACGGAUCCAACUGUCCCUGGUUAAGACACAAACUGAAUGAAUUCCUGCCCCAUGUCUUGACCCUUGCAAGGGAAUUUUAAUAGAUUGCCCUGCAGAAAUGCACAAGUUCAGCCAAAAGAAAUAAAACCAGACUGGUCUGCACUGGCAACUCCAGGCUUUAAAAAUGCACCUAGUCAGCUUCUUGCUGGGUUGCUGUAGCUGUCAGUUGUACUACCAUGUGGUCAGAUGGGCAGAUCUUCGAUGCCCACCCUAGUGCCAGGCUACAGGAUUACCCUGCUCCCUUCCUUCCGAUUACACUUUUCCUCCUGGCUCCCCCAAGCUAAAGUCUAUGUGAUUUUUACUUUAUUAAAAAAAAAAAGAAAAAGUUCUUUGUUUUUGUUCCAUGGCAUUAAUUUUAUGAUAUCCCUUGGAUCGGUUCCAAAGCAAAGUUUUAUGUGAUAUGAUUAUGCAAGGUGAAUUGUCCCGCUUCUGUUUAAUGGAACAGAGAGUCCAUUUAAUAAUUCAGAGGUGGGGGAUAAAACACAGUUCAAGAAGAUUAAUAAGGGAUGUGGGGAGGGGAGGGUGGACAAGGUUGUCUUUUCCUCAAGGAGGUGAAGGCGAAAAGUUCAAGGGUCCAAACUUUUCCUGCACCGCAAAUGAGGCAUCGGGCCCGUUACAGUUGCAAACGGAAUUCUGGCAGAUUAUAUCUGGUUCAUUAUCCAUUUUAUCACCCGAUUUUAAUGUGAGGAUCAAUUAGCAGGAAACCUCAGGGGUAAUUGAAAGAUUUCCUCUCCUUCUUUUCUAAUGCAAGGGAGCAUGUUUAACUGAGCCCAGGACCUGGUGGCUAACGGAGCAGCUUGCUAAUGAGAUCGUAUCAAUCAUCAACAAAAAGAGCCUAGCCAGGAAAGGGUUUUUCUUAGGGAAUGAUGCGUUUAUGGCAACAGGUGUAAGGCAGACAUGAUGAGAUGACCCUCCCAUUCAGUCCCUUUCCCCCAAAGAGCAUUGACUAUAUUGGACCCACGUCAGGAGCUGAUCUGCCUGGAGCCAAUAACUUGUUCUUCUCCGGGUUGCUGCCCUGGUAGUGAGGCUGGAGCAACCCUUAUAAACGGGUUCCCAGGUACGUAGAAUCAAAGAAUGGAAGAGUUGGGAUGGAUCCCAAGGGUCUUUGAGUUCUGCAAUGCAGGAAUCACAACAUGAAUGAUUCCAGCCAACCAGACUGGUAAUUAUUCAUUAUUAUUGUUGUUGUUGCAUCUAUAUCCAACUUUUCCUCUAAGCAACUCAGGUGGCUGUCAUCUUCGCUCUGCUUAUCCACACUUGAGGAACCUCAGAGCUCCAAUAUAGUCCUACUUCAGAACAUCUCUACAAGAAUUCAGGCUUCUUUUUCAUCAUUGGGCUCCUUUAUCCAGCUUGCUACCCCAGCUUAUGUUCCACCAAUCUCCUGUAGGUUUGCCCCAGACCCUGGGACACACACACACACACACACACACACACACACACACACACCUGUGUCUUGUUGCCUUCUUAUUUGUUCAAGUAUAAGAGGGCUCUAUCCUCUUAUGUCUGUUCCCUCCAAACCCAUAGCAAGGGUGUAGACAUGGGGCAGGAAUUCAUUCAGGUUUGUGUCUUAGGGACAAAUGAAUCUGUUUAUUGCAGCUCUCUCCAUUUUUCUAGCCUUAAAUUUCUGCUCUAUGUACAGCUGUUUUAAACUGUUUUCAUGGAUGAUUUGAUUGUUUUGUUCCUCUUGGGUUUUUUAGUGUAAUAUAAAUUUUAUGUGGGAGGGACCGGGGAUGGAAAAAAGCAAUUAAAAAAAAUCUUGUCUUGGGUCUCAGGAAGCAAAAUAUCUCUGGCCCACCUCCCACUCAUACCUUCUUGAAGCUGAGCAGAUCCAGGUCUGUUCAGAGACUAAUCAUAAAUAAUAAUUUUUUAUUUAUACCCUGCCCUUCCCGGUUCAGAAAACCGGGCUCAGGGCGGCUAACAACAAAUUUAAAACACUUAAUUGAUACAGCUACCUUAUUUCUACCAUCAUGGACAAAGGGCAAGCUGUUUCUAAUGUGUGUCUGUUGUGGGUCCCAUUGCACUUGGCACCAAAUGUGCUCAGAAUCCCACCCUGUGCCAUGCUGCCGAUUAACAGGAUGCCCCCUCUCUUCUUUCAGAAUGGCCAGAAUUCGUCAAGAACUAUGCCCCUUGGUGGGCGACGCACACCCUUGACUGGCUCAAAUAUGGCAAAAGCGUCCUGGUGGUGCACUUUGAGGACCUGAAACAAGACCUCUUCAUUCAGCUCAAGAGGAUGGUCAGCCUUUUGGGCAUCGCAGUCCUUGAGGACCGUCUUCUGUGUGUGGAAGGCCAGAAGGAUGGGAACUUCAAGAGAUCUGGGCUCAGGAAGUUGGAAUACGACCCCUAUACCCUUGAGAUGAGGAAACUGAUCAACGGCUACAUCAAAACAGUGGACACGGCCCUGAAACUCAGAAACCUCACGGGGGUACCAGAAGACUAUUAUCCAAGAUGA